GGAAAGUAGAUCCGGCUCGGGGCAGGUUUGCAAAGUUGAGGAGAGAAAAAGUUAGAGAGGGGGACUGCAGAGGCGCACGGUGCCAGAGCCAGGACCACUAGGGAGCCUCUGCAAGCGCCGACAACAAGCCCGACGCGAACGAGCCGAAGAAGACGAGUUUUUUCCCCCACUUUUUCACCCACUGAGGGCGCGCGAAGCAGGGCUAUGACACGCGCUUAAGAGCCGUACAGUUCGCGAGUGUUAACGCAGGCGGAUUCUUGUGUUAUUCACCCCCCCUCCAGAGCCGAGAUGAAUAAAGACUUGAAGAGCCUGCGACAGCUCGCCGUGCCGCUGCUCCUCUUCGCCCUGUGCGUCGCGGUGCAGCGAUCAGACUCCGCGGUAAGUCCACGAAGAGUGUGUGUGUGUGUUUUUUUUUACCCCCACUUUGCAGGAGAUGUUCCCGAGAGAGCCGGCAGCCGGGGACACCACCGGCUCUCCAACCACCGGGGUUUAUAAAUAGAGAGGCUGCUUUUCUCCUUCUGCUCUUCUAAUAAUACUCCUCCUCCUUCCUCCUGCUGCUCUUUCCGCUUUCUUGCAAUGAAAAUGAUCAACCUGAGAGCUCUUUUAGUGCGGCGCUUUUAGGAGACUUUUCCCACCUUCGCGAACUCUGAUUUCUCGCUUUUCUCCGUGGAAGUCCGGAGAGUGGAAGAGUUUCUCUCCUGCUCCCCUUUUUUGCGCAUCACGUUUCUUUCUCCUCCUGCGACCUGUAGCGACACGCCAACGCCUGCAUGUGUCUUUUUUACUUCAUGUCACCAUCACUUUCAGGGGAGUCACGGCUCUGUCUGACUCUGUCUGUCUGUCUGUGCACCGAUCCUGCUCUGUCAGUGUCAACACGCUUCUGCUGCGCCGCAUGUUUCCAAAACACCUUACGCGUAAAAUGAGCCCGAAGCGUCAGAGUUUGACCACCUGGGUGUUGGAAUUCGGGGAGUUCGGACUCCCCUCGCAGGUGUGUUUCAUGUUGACAGUCCAGGUGAACAGAGUGGGCUUUUUUUUGUGCGUAAAUUUGCACUUGAGAUGAUCGAGGUGUGUGUGUUUGUGUGUGUGUUUGUGCGUGCUUCAGUCCUCCAACAUCUCUGACAUCUUCAAAAUCAACCAAGAGCAAAGAGUCAGGCUCCCUCAUGUAAUAUUCUAAUAAGAUGAAUAUUCACACCUCAUUAAUAUUCAUGAGGGGGAAGGCCCCGCCCACAAGAUCCUUACCAGGCCUCUGUAGACCAGUAUGAGUCUGGAUCUGAAGCCUUAAUCCUCUAAAAGAUCUAAUCCAGACGACAAAUAGAUCAUGAAAGCCAGAUUAAAGCUACAGUAAGGGGUUUUUGAUGUGUUUGUAGGCGCCUUUUUAUGACACUCAAAAGUAAGACUGAUGAGUUUUCUGUUACAACUCAUGCAUAUAGACGAGCAAAGACUGCUUUGUCCACAAGGGGGCGCCAAAAUCGACACAAGCAGAAAGUUCCUCCCAUACAGGAGCUUUAAGAUGAUUGUGGAAAUGCAGCGUCUUUUAACUCUGUACACUCACACACUUUAAGAAAAAAUUCUUAACAGCCUUUAAUUAACAGUUAACUGUCCAGGAUGCGAUAUUUUUUUUUUGUAAGAUGGUAGGAGAAGAUCCCGCCCCCUUCACCUCUGAUUGGCUAGAAAAGCUGGGCUCUGAUUGGUUAUUCCUUAUGACUGUGAAACAUCAUCCAUGAUCGCAAUUCUGAAUAUCCUAACCCUAACCCAAUAGACGAUGACGUUUCACAGCCAUAAGGAAUGACCAAUCGAAGCCCAGCACUUCUAGCCAAUCAGAGGCGAAGGAGGCGGGACCUUCACCUACUAUCCUACGGAAAAAAAUAUAGCAACCUGGACAGUAAACUGCUGAUUAAAGACUGUUACAAUUUUUUUCUACUGGUGUCUGAAUGUAUGGAGUUAAAAAAAAGUUUACUGUCCAGGAUGUGAUAUUUUUUUGUACGAUAGUUGGGGAAGGUCCCGCCUUCUUCGCUUCUGAUUGGCUACAAAAGCUGGCCUCCGAUUGGUUAUGUCUUUUGAUUGUGAAACAUCAUCGCACAGGUUGUCGGCUCAGUAUAUCGAACGGAACAUUAUCGCAAUUCAGAAUCUCCAUUUUUAAAAAGUCACACCCUUGAAAUUUGCGCCUUUAAAGCUCCAGUGAGUAACUUUUGGUUUGCAUCCAUCUUCUUUUGCGAAUCUCGUCCUUCUUAUGUUUUAGUCAUGACAAAAAAUCUCAUCUUUUUGUGUUUUCCACAAAAAUUCACCAACAUGAACGUCGGUCUGUUUCUUGAACUUAAAAAAAAAAAACUCCUCACAGGAGCUUUAAGUUGAUCAUUUAUGAGUCAAAGUGUUUCUUGGUGUUUUGCACGUGUGACUGUGUUUGUGGACUCUGUGGCUGUUAUCGUUGCCAUGGAGAUGUGAAGUCAAAGGUGAGGGGGGGGGUUCACUUUCUACAGAGGAAUGUAGCCGACCCCGCCCUCUUUUAGAGUCGAGGAUGACUGAGGAGAGAGAGAGAGAGUAUGAAGCAGGAGUCCAGGUGCAGGUGAAGGUGUUUGAGGAGACUUUGACCUUCAAACACGUCUCACGACCUUCAGAAACCUGAGAGAGAGUCUGUUGGACCUUGACUUGAGAUCACAGGAGGAGAAACAUUUAAAUAAAUCAGAGAUAGAGUCAGACACAGGUGUGAUUUUCUCUGUUUCGGUUUAACUCUCAACAGUCAUGAGGCCCCCUGGUGGAGGAUUGGAGUACUGCGUCUAAAUCCUCAAAUACUUCUUCAUGAGUUUGACUCGCUUUAGAAAGAUCUUUACACUUGAUGUUUUAGAAGAUUUUUAAAGCUUUUAUAACCCUUUUUUUUGGCCUGUGAUAUUAACAGUCUUUAACGGUCAUUUUUCUCUUUUUUUUUUUGCUGUAAAGAGGUCAAAAAAAUGUCUUUUAAGGUUAAAUCUUUAGCCUUUUUUUCAGGAUGAAUUCAACUUUUAAAAAUCUCUUAAGAAUGAUAUAUUUUUACAUGUUUUAUGUAUUCAAACCAUGUGAAAUAACAAAGAAAACUAAAAAACAGAAAUGGAUUUUUUGAAAUUUUUCUCUUAAUGAACAUUUUUGAUGUACAGGUCAGAAGAUUUUGAGACGACAAAAACAUGAUUUGAACUAAAACACAACAACACAAGCAGUUUUGUUUUUUCUGGAACCUUCUUUUCACCUGUUACUGCGUCAAAAAGUCUAGUAAUAGUCAUAACUAGGGCCCGACUGAUACGGAUUUUUAUGGGGGCCGAUACGGGGGAAAACUCUGAUUACCAAUUAAUCGUACGAUUUUUACAAUUUUUAUGAAGUUUUAAAAUUUUGUUAAUUCAAGUAACAUAUCUACAUAUUUACUUAUUCUCAGUAAUAUUAAUUUUAGUAAUAUUCCACAUAUUUAUCAUGAAUCAUAAAAGCGUCCCCGCCUCGCGCCGAUCGGUGCCUCCGCAUCUUAACUCGCGUUACUCAUUUCCGGUCCGGUCUCAUCUGGAGACAUGCAGCUGCCUCAGUAAGAGAAGUCGCUCGAUCACUAACGUGUACUGUUGUUUAUUCUGCCGUUACUGACACGGCUAACAGUGUAGCAAGGCUAAUAGCAGGUGGCUAACUCUAACUUUAGCUUGCAUAUUACACGGUGCUUCAACGUUAACUCGGCGUGACUGAGACCAGCACAGCGGGGAACAUCGUGAAGUGGGUUGAACUGAAACUUGUUGACUUAUUGUGUAUUUCACAAACUGGUUUAUUUACCGUUGAGGCGGACCAAGAUUGUCAUGAAGUUGCUGCGCCAUCUACAGGAUAAAUCGGGGAUCUUUUCAAAAGGCGGAAAAUUUUCGAAGUGAAAACAAAUCUUAUUCUCCACAUUUUAUUUCUGAAAACAUCAGUGACAAUCGGUGAGAUUUGGCCGAUUACUGAUUAGUCUCAAACGGGCUAAUAUUGGCUAAUUGACUCACUGAUAAAUCGGUCGGGCCCUAGUCAUAACCAGGCGAUUUUUCAGACCCCUUUUUGACCCCUUAAAAACACAUUUUUACUCUCUCCUUGGUGCAUUUUUCUCCUAAAACUUGAAGUCGAGUUUUAAAUCUGCGUCUCAUGAUCCAAACAGGACAGAACAGCAGGUCUGGAUCUGCACAUAAACUCAACGCAAACUCUCAAAUCUGACUCCUUAUAUGUGCAGAAUCACAUAACUUGUUAGAACCAGAGCGUCAUAUAGUAUCGUGUGUGUGUGUGUGUGUGUGUGUGUGUGUGUGUGUGUGUGUGUGUGUGUGCAGAUUAAUCCUCAGAUAUGAAUCUCCUCUCAGCAGGUGAGCGAGUUCAGCAGUAAUGUAUACCUGGAGCUUUUCCCUUUGAACCCGUCAUGCAGCGCGACCACAAACACACACUUUUCAUUACAUGCACAUGUACACACACACACACACACACACAAACACAUAUACAAAAUGUAUGCACGCAUGCACAGGAGCCUCGCACGGGCUCCCCUCACUUUUCACAUGACCCACAUCCCAGCAGGUGGAGGUGGGAGCUGGAUCUCUGUCUGUGCCGGUGUGCGUUUUUGUAGCCAAAACAUCCUCCGAUUGUAGAGAUGUGUGUCUGGGACUGUGAGCGAGAGGAGGAAGAGGAGGAGGAGGAGGAGGAGGAGGAGGAGGAGGAGGUUUCUGUUUUCUCUCAGACUUUUUACCCUCUAACCUCCAUCAGGAAGAGAGAGCGCGGCGUUCGCACGCUCAGGAUCGGGGUCAUUAGCUGUCCAAACAUUUGACAUUUCUGAGCUCUCAUUGACUUUUGUCCUCCUGUUAAUCCUAAUGGCAUCUUCAGGCUCAUUCACACCACAGUGAGAGAGACACACACACACAAACGCACACUCACACGUGCACACGCAGUCUUUAUAUAGAGUGUAAAUACAAAAGCAGAGUGAACACGCUCAUGUCGUUGCCUGUUUGAGGAGCUCUCCUCCAGAGCAGGUGAGAUAAAGAUGGAAUUUAGCUUCAAGAAUAGACGACGCAGAAGAAAGAGAGAGCGAGAGAGAGAGACACAGAGGGAGAGAGAGAGAGAGAGAGACUCAAAUCCUGCUGCUUAAAACAGUUUUGAAAUAAGUUAAAAUCAAAGUCAAAGAGGGAUGUACUGAUCUGAUGUUUGGAUCGGAUAUCGGCUCAGAUAUUGACAAAUUGACUGGAUCGGAUAUUGGAUGAAUGACGCCGAUCCAGUUUUUUUUUUCUUUUAAUUAAUUUUUCUUCUUUCACGUCUUUUUGCUGUGUGCUAAUGUCAAGCCUGAUGCCCUCACUCAUCGUUGAGGUUAUACAGUUCAUUCAUUCAACAGUAGUAUUGGAUCAGUAUUGGAUAUCGGCCGAUAUGCUCAGCCCAGGUAUUGGUAUCAGAUUGGGUCGGAAUAAAAAAUGAAUCGGUGCAUCUCUAAAGGCAAAUUUACAGGACGAAUCCAGAUAAAAGAGCAUUUUAUGAUGAUUUAAAUGCAGAAAUAAGGAUUUUAAAAACUCUCUUAGUGUUUCUGAAAGGAAUAAGAAAACCCAUCUUUUAACCGGGCUUUUAUUUUGAAAUAACUCCAUCAUUUGUGUCAAAAUAUUGUGUAAUUUUAAUCAACUUCCCCAAAUUAAACUGUUUUUUAAGUUUUACUUAAUUUUUGUAUUUUUUUUACUUUACUUUACUUUUGAACUUUUAUUUUUAAACUUUUUCCAAUUUUUUCAAUAAUGAUUUAAAGAAGAAAUAAGGAUUUUGGAAACUCUCUUAGUGUUUCUAAAAGGAGAGGGAAAAUUCUUCUUUUAACCGGGCUUUUAUUUUGAAAUAACUCCAUCAUUUGUAUCAAAAUAUUGCUUUGUUUUAAUGAACUUUUCCUGAUUUAACUUCAAUCAUUUUAACUGUAAUUAACAGUUUUUUUCCAUUUUUACUUUAUUUUUUUCUUUUUAACUUGUUUUAAACUUUUGCAGUUUGUUUUUAUGAUGUUUCAAAGCAGAAAUAAAGUUUUUAAAAACUCAAAGUUUUUAAAAGGAAAAAGAAAACCCACCUUUUAACUGGGCUUUUAUUUUAAAAUAACUCCAUCAUUUGUAUCAAAACGUUUUAUUCUUAUAUUGUUAAGUUUUAAUUUGACUUAACUUGUAUCAUUUUAUUCUCCAAACUAUAUUUUUUUACUUUUUUCAAUUUUUACUCUAUUUUUCUUUUUUACUCGUUUUGAGCUUUUAUUUUUUAAACUUUUGCCGUUUGUUUUUCUCAGUUAGAGUCAAUUCUGUUCAAAAUAACUAAAGUCUAGAGAGUCUGAGGGUCUAAAUCCUUUCAAAAACGUAAUUCAAAGACAUUGUUUUUAUAAAAAUCUGCAGAUUACUUCACAUUUCCAAAGACGGAGCGAUCAGGCUCAAGUUGUUUUUGAUCCAUCUUACCGUAAAAGAGCAGGUUUGGAUCCUUCUGUCUUAGGUAAAAAAUUAACCUGAAAUUUGUGCUAUUCAAGAAAACCAAAUUCAACCAAAUUGAUGGAAGGAUUAGCAGAUUAACAGACUAAAUUGAGAUGAAGUUGAGUGGGUUUAAUUGGUCAAAAAGUGUCGUUUCAGUCCUUAUUUUUGUGUCUUAAAUCAAAUAUUACAGAAAGUUUAAAACUCUCUUUACUCUGACCAUCAUAUCACUUUCUGUCACCUCCAUUCGAACCCCAUUCUCACCCUCCCUCCCUCUCUUUCUCUCCCCCAUUCAGCGCUAAGAGGAAGGUAAACACGGCGUGUUUGUCUGGGACUUCUUUAUUUACUCCAUCCAUCACCGUUUGGUUUAAGUCUUAAAAGGUCAAACGUCUCCCUCUCUCUCUCUCUCUCUCUCCUCCGAAUAUCUAACGAUCGUUCCGUUUCUCCACAGUUGUAUUAUUCGUCCGUCUCUAUCCUCCAUGUGACGAGUUUAAGCUUUCUUGAACUCUCUCGAAAGGGUUAAACGGCGGUCACGUAACAUUUUAGCGAGCGUUCCUUUGAAGAGCAGCGAGAGGACUCAGAUUAAAGCAGAGGCCUCGCUGGAUUUGGGCUGAAUUAGGUUACAGAUUAAGGUUAAAAAUACUCGGUCUGGAUCUCUGACCCCGUCCACCCCACGGCUCCAAAACAAAGUUUAGGCAGCAUGUCUGAAUUUUACUCUUACGCAAGAAAAAGGUGAAGUGUGUGAAUCUCAAACCUAUGAAGAAAAGAGGAACAUAAAGUCCGAACCCGAGGAACAUGAAGAGACUCGGAGGUAGAUUUAUCUUGUCAGUGUAUUUCAUUGAUUCAAGUCCAAGUUUGUGUUCUUCUAGAGUGUCAAGGUUGUUCCGUACCGGCGAGGGAAUAAGACUGCGGCGUCCGAAGCAUUUAAGUUUCCGUUUGUGGGCUGAACCGAGUCUGAGUGGGUUUUGAAGAGGAGCGAAAUCAAUAAAACGCAGUUCAGGACUUUCGACAGACAUCUGCAGGUAGAUGCAAAACAAUAAAAAACACCUGGUAGUCGAUGUCGUCCAACAGAUUCAACUCAGCUCUCGUUUCGUAAUUGUUGGCAUUGAAUCCGGGUCGUGUGCUGUGAUGUAGCUACCCGCCAGAACUCAUUUGACUUUGACAGAUGUCUGCGGGUAGACUGUGCCGCCCUCGACCUGCUGGGGUCAAAGGUGGCGCAGUCCAAAAUAACGGAGAUAAAGUGUGAAAAUGUGGGAGUGAAUUGUUCGCAACAUAAACGUGUGGACAUUAAAUUCAGAGGAAGGCUGGUUGGGCAGGUUCUGCUAUCGUCUACCGCACCUGGCGAUCUAAGAUGUCGUUGUUUGCCGACGAUGUGAUUUUGUGUUUUGAAGAUGUGCGUAACCAAACCGUGGUUUUAUUUUGAAGUGUACUACUUCCUGUUGAUCGUAAGUUCCAGAUUUUUAUGUAAAAGAAGAGUUGAGUGCCCAAAUGUCUCCCAAAGGGAUGCUAACGUUAGAUCGCUAGCAGCUGCUACCUCUUCUUCUUGGUCUCUCCUCUGUUUCAUGACCUUUAUCGUCAAUGCCGAUGUAUAUUUAAGACGGCCCUAAUUUGUACGUUAACUUGCUCUGCUAUCAUUUACCGCUUUGACAAACUAAGAUAUGUUGUUUGCAGACGAUGUGAUCUUGCGCUUCUUUCUUACAGUGCCGUUUACUUGUGGGGUUCUUCAGGGCUCAGUUCUUGAUAGGGGUGUCUCGAUACGACUUUUUACAUCCGAUACGAUUCCGAUAUUGUAGCGUCCAGAAUUGUCCGAUACCGAUAUUGAUCCAAUAUUGGCACAAAGUUGUGCUUGACAAGUUUUGCACUUAGCUGCAACAUCUUUUUCGGAUUUUAACGAAAAAUACUGCCACAGGGUCGAGUUAGUACCUUAGUACACACUGUUGUCAUCAUAUUGUGGGCUCUGCAUGCUAGAUCCUGGCGCUGCUAGCUAGAGGUGCUUAAGCGGAAUCUGGAAUGGACUGCUUGUAUCGGAGUGCUGAUAUCGGAGAUUUUAGAUACAGGCCGAUAUAACAGGUAUUCGGAUAUCCAAUUUCAAAAAUCGGAUUGGGACAUCUCUAACAGAUGCGCUUCCCUCUUGGAGUUCCAUUUACUCGUGGAGUUCCUCAGGGCUCAGUUCUUGAUAGGAGUGUCCUGAUGUAACUUUUUUACCUCUUAUACGAUACCGACAUUGUAGCCUCCAGAAUUGUCCGAUACCGAUAUUGGCACAAACGUGUUCGUGACAAGUUUUGCAUUCCGCUGCAACAUCUUUUUUGGACUUCGCCACACGCCGACAUCACUCCUACUCUUUGCUACUUUGUUCGUACUUCAGUACACACGGUUGUCAUGAUAGCUAAGCUCUACAUGCUGGAUCUGGACGCUGCUAGAUAGAGUUCCUGGAGUGGAAUCUGGAAUGGACUGCUUGUAUUGGAGAUUUUAGAUCCAGGUCGGUACAAACUGAUAUCUGUUUUUUGCUGAUAUUAGACCGAUAUCCAAUAUCAAUAUUGUUUUGUGACAUUCUUAGUUCUUGAGCCAUUUUCUUCUCUCCAUGUAAAUCCUCCCGCUGGUUUAGGAAACUUGGCGUACCCUACCGUUUUCUCCCCACAUUAGUCACUCAGAAACAGCCUUAGUCACAACUUACUUGUUGAUCUUGAAAUCGUAUCUUAGAUAAACUUCCUCAUCCUCAGUUAAGAGCGUUACGAAGAUAGUUCUCUAAGUUUAUCCGUGAAAACCAUCAACUGACUGUCUACUCCAGCCUUUCCUAAAACGUACUUUUGACACUUCGGCGACUUAAAGUAUCUUGAUCAAAUCUCAAAUUGGAUUAUUCCAAAAGUGAGCUUGAAAAGUAUCUGAAGACUCUGUCAAAAUAAACUCUCUGUAAGAAAUCAGAAGCUGGAUGUAAUCCGCCCCCAUACAGGUACCAGUAUCUGCUUAAUCUGACCUCUGAUCUGUUCACACUCUACGCUGUUUUAAACUCACUUUAUCUGUUUCAGGUGAUCGGGUUUUGGUGACCUGGAUUUUCUUCCAUUUAAAAAUGCGAUUUCUGGGUUUUGGGGACGAAUUCGGACAGAUGUUGUGUUCGGAGUUUCAGAUCUGUUUACUGUUAGUCAGAUUAUCCGAAGCGGAGGAUGAAUAAAGAGGCGGCCGCUGUGGGAGUUGAAAAUUCACUUUUUCCCCGAUUGUGUCGAAGUUCAGCACUUUUUUACACCUCCGUCUCAAACAUCGUCUUUCUUUUUUUAUCUGAACUUCCUCGUCGUCCUGCUGUGUCAGUGGGUACGUUAGUGUGUGUGUGUGUGUGUGUGUGCGUGGCUGCGAUCCAGUGGGCUACCUGUCAAGUCCACCUACACAGAGCAGUCACAAGACAUGCUGUCCUCCCUCCUUCCCUCCCUCCCUUCUUCUGUCUCUCCUCUUAUGUUUUCCUGACCUCCUUUUUCUGAAAGAACAUCACCCUCGUCUUUCUUCCUUUUUCUCAAGACAGAGAAAGUUUUACGGCUUAAAGAACAAAUCUGUAAAAGAAAUAAAAAAUAAAAGUUUGACUUAUCGAGAGCAGAGAAAUACAGCAGAUGUGCGACUGUACGAUUCAGACGGCGGGUGUUUCAUCUCAAACCUGGAGCAUUUAUUGUUUUGCAUUCUUUCCUGAACAAAGACGGGGAGGAGAGAGAAGGAGAGCGGUUUUAAUCUGAGAUCAGCAGGUCACCUUGAUCUUCAGAUGUCUGCUUCUUUUCUUCCCUUACCUGCUCAGACUGAACGCUCAGAGUCUUCGCUUUAGUCUUCAGCAGCUUUGGAUUCUCUCCAAACAACGACACAAAACAGUCUUCGGCAGCUACACUCCUCGUGCCGAGUCGUCUUCUUUACGUCACAGAAAAGCCGCCAUGCGAGGUUUUUGACGAAUAUUGUAGGAGCGAAGUCGAUAUAAUUUAAGCGGCUGAGAUGCUUGACCUGGAGUAACCUGGUUGACGCGCUGCGAUACUGACUUUUACUGUGGAACACGGAACAAACAAGGAAAAUGUCAGCAGUUAGCGCCACGGCGGUCAAAAACCCUUCGCCCUUCUGGGUCAAACAGGGUUAUGAGACCAUAGCCUACCUACACACAUCGAAAAACCAACUUUGAUUUAUCAGUUUUUUUGACUAAGAAUAUACCGAUAUGGGCAAAAUGACAUCUGUUGUUGUCGUAAACUUCGGAAUCAGUAGAUUUUCAGUUUACCGCCCAGCCCUAGAGAGGUAUCAUUUGGAUUGUAACGAUUCCGAGUCUGAUUCUGAUUCUCUAAUUCUUAUUUUUUUGACACCAAAUAUACUGAUAUGGGCAGAAUGGUGUUGGUUGUUGUUGUAAAUUUCGGUAUCUGAAAAUUUUUGGUUUAUCGCCCAGCCCUAGAUAGGGUAUCGUUUGUGUUUUAACAAUUCUGAGUCUGAUUCUGAUUCUCUAAUUCUUAUUUUUUUGACAUUGGAUAUACCGAUAUGGGCAAAAUGAUGUUGGUUAUUGUCGUGAACUUUGGAAUCGGUAAAAUUUUCGGUUUAUCACCCAGCCCUAAGUCGGUAUAGUUUUGAUUUUAACAAAUCCGAGUCUGAUUCCAAUUCUCUAAUUCUUAUUUUUUUGACACAGAUUAUACUGAUAUUUUCAACAGACUUUGUCAAAAAUUUUGGUAUUGGUAAAUUUUUGGUUUAUCGCCCAGCCCUAGAUAGGUAUCAUUUUGAUUUUAAUGAUUCAGAGUCUGACUCGGAUUCUCUAAUUCUUAUCUUUUUGACACCAAAUAUACCAAUAUGAGCAAAAUGACGUCAGUUAUUGUUGUAAACUUCGGAAUCUGUAAAUUCUCGGUUUAUCACCAAGCCCUAGAUAGGUAUUGUUUUGAUUUGAACGAUUCUGAGUCUGAUUCCGAUUCUCUAAUUUUUGUUUUUUUGACACAGAAUAUGCCGAUAUGGGCAAAAUGACACCAAUUAUUGUUGUAAAUCUGGUAGCGGUAAAUUUUCGUUUUAUUACCCAGCCCUAGCUAGGUAUCGUUUGGAUUUUAAUGAUGCUGAGUCUGAUUCAGAUUCUCUAAUUCUUAUCUUUUAGACGCAGAAUAUGUCGAUAUCGGUAAAAUGAUGUUGGUUAUAUUUGUAAAUUUUGGUAUUAGUAAUUUUUCAGUUUAUCGCCCAGCCCUAGGUAGGGCAUUGUUUUGAUUUAAAUGAUUCUGAGUCUGAUUCCGGUUCUCUAAUUCUUAUCUAUUUGACACAGAAUAUACCGAUAUGAGCAAAAUGACAUUGUUUAUUGUCGUAAAUUUCAUUAUCGGUGAAUUUACGAUUUAUCGCCCAGCCUUAACAUAUUUAAAUAUACUGUAUACUUAUCAUUAGUCCUGUGACCCAAACAUCUUCAGAAAGAACAACAUCUAUGUUCAUUUAUUUCUGUCUUGUAUUAAGGUUUCUUUGUAUCCUGCAUUACCGAACUGUGCUUUUAUUUUGAAGUUUACCACUUCCUGUUGAUCUUAAGUUCCAGAUUUGAAUGAAAACAUUUAAAGGAACAGUUAGAAAGUUUAAACGAUCAGUAAAUCUUGAACAUCAGUAUUUAAAAAGUGGCUAAUCCUGUCUCAGAAGGAUGCUAACGUUAGCUCGCUAGCAGCUGCUACUUCUUCUUCAUGACACUUAUCGUCAUUGCCGGUAUAUAUUUGAGACGGCUCUAACUUGUAUGUUAUUUAAAGGUUGCUAAAUCAACGGCCAUCUUGGUUGCUAUGAGGAAACAUCAAUGGCGCCUAAAAGGGUCGGAAACAGGCGAACAUGUCUGGUUACACGACACAUGCUCACAGUUUCACAUCCAAGGUUUAAUGUUCUUAACAUGUCGUCUGCGGCUGUUCACAGACGAGAAAAAGAAUCAAGUCUUCAUGUCUCGUUUCACGCCACAGCAGCAACACUCGAACCCGCGUGUGGGAGGGCGUCUGUUUCUCUCUUCGUCUCUGUUUUUCCCUCUCUCUGUUGUUUCCGUCACGACUUCUUUAACACUCGCUCUCUCUCAUUUUCUGGCACCUGUUUCUUUCAUCACACUACUGAAGAGGAAACAGGGCUUCCCCAAAAACCACCAGGGAGAAAUCGAGGUCCAGAGGUAUGACGGGGCGUGCGUUUGCGCGUGCGUGUUUGGCGACUCUCUCUGUACGUUUUUCAGUCUCGAGUUCCCUCAUAACCUCUAAUAUACCCGUCCAGACGGAGUCAUUUGGACGUUAAGGAUCGGUUAGAUGAAAAUAUUCGAUCCCCUGCUCUCUGUCAGGCCUUUAGAGGUAUUUUUACACUUUCCUCUCACGGCCUGAAAGAGUUACGACUCUCUCUCUCAGGAGCAGAAAGGAUAAUAGAGCGAUGUCUCUGUUAACGGCGUGUUUCCCACCGUGUUUUUACCUGAGACCACCUCCACUUCCUCUCCGCUGACCUGCAUUAACUCAUCCUGCCACCACUUUGGGACAGCAGGGAAACACAGACUUACACUAAAGUUGAAAGACUGAACGGUCGGAUUCAAACCAUGAGGCUUUAGGACUCUGCGGUCCUGGUUUCGCUCUCAUAGAUAUUAAAUAUUGACCCAGAUUUGGAAGAAUGUAGGUCAAUAUUUCAGAAGAGGACAAAAUAUUUGAUUUAGUCUGAAAAUGACGGUUUUGUCGUAUCGUAUGGUGUCUUUGGUUUGGUUUUGAUUAAGAUUAUUGUCUGAGAAAAAAUGAAGAAACACAACAUUUCUCAGCUGUUGUCAAAUCUAGAUGUUAAAACUUCUUCUCCAGAAGUAUGAGGACUGUUUUCCUCAUUGGCCUCUUUUACCUUUUGCGCUCUGUUUCUUGGUCUUCUUCUCUUUUUUUUAAUGCUCUCUCUGGGUCUUUAUUAGGGAGGAGUUGAUCUUUCCUGAUGUUUCGCUGGAAAAACAUCAGAAUAACCCGAGUCAGGCGGUUUUUAUCGUCCUGUUAUCAUCGCAAAACAAAUAGAUCAGCAUUUGUACGCUACUGCAGUUUGAUAAGAUCAGAAAAGAUCAUGUUGUUAGCUAGAGAAGUAUUCGAUAAGUACUUCACACAUAUUUGCUGAAUUACCCGUGGGAUCCCUCAGGGCUCUGGUCUCGGUCCUCUUCUUUUCUCUUUAAGCACUCAUCAUUUUAUUUAUUAUUUUUCUCUUUUUUUAAAUUUAUUUUUACAUAUUUUAUCUAUUAUUUAUGUCUUUAUUUUUACUUAUUUUUACAUAUUUUAUCUAUUAUUUAUGUCUUUAUUUUUACUUAUUUUUACAUAUUUUAUCUAUUAUUGAUGUCUUUAUUUUUACUUAUUUUUAUAUAUUUUAUCUAUUAUUUAUGUCUUUAUUUUUACUUAUUUUUACAUAUUUUAUCUAUUAUUUAUGUCUUUAUUAUUUUUACUUUUUUUUACAUAUUUUAUCUAUUAUUUAUGUCUUUAUUAUUUUUACUUUUUUUUACAUAUUUUAUCUAUUAUUGAUGUCUUUAUUUUGACUUAUUUUUAUAUAUUUUAUCUAUUAUUUAUGUCUUUAUUUUUACUUAUUUUUACAUAUUUUAUCUAUUAUUUAUCUCUUUAUUUUUACAUAUUUUAUCUAUUAUUUAUCUCAUCUUUCUACUUUAUUUUCACUUGAGUUGCUGUGACAAAAGCAAUUGUUUAGUGUCACUAGCCUAGAAGAUGAUCACAAAAAUCUUGUUUAAUCGUUUAUUUUUGUUUAUUUUUAGUUUGUCUAAAUUCCCCUUUUGUUCAUAUAUUUUCUUCAUCUUUAUGUUUUUCAGCAUCUUUACUGUAUUUUACGUCUUUUUCAGUCCGAUCCCUCCUCCUCUGACUUCUACAUUAGAUCAGACUCGGGUUGUUUGUACAGUAGUCACUAAUACUGUUUUUACUUUACACUUUGGCGCACACAGCUGAAACUUGUGUGUAAAUGUGUGUGUGUGUGUGUGUGUGUGUGUGGCUCAGGUGGAGUCCGGUCGUAGUUAAUCCCAGGUCAGUGUGGCGGCUGGUAUGCGGCUAAGCUGUUAGCAUGCAGUUAAAGGAUAAUACAGAGAGUGUGUGUGUGUGAGGUUUCACGGUUAAUUACUGUUUUUGUUUUCUGUAUGUUCUUGUUUUUGUUGAUAUUGUUGGUCUUUGCUUUCAUUUCCACGUACUUGCUUCCAUUUUUAGGUACAGGUGUUCUGUUCAGGUGAAGGAAACAGAGACUAAACACAACUCACCGUCUCUCUUCCUGCAGACCUUUGGCCAGUCCAUUACGGACUACAGUGGUGUGCCGCAGCUCAAGGAAGAACAUUUAUGAUCAUUUCCUUGAAGUAAUAAUAAUCAUUUUAAUCAUUUUGCGGUAGUUCUUCUGCCUUAGCGUCUCGGUCUGAUUGUAUUUCCAUGAAGAAAUGAUCAUAAAUGUUCUUCCUUGAGCUGCGGCACCCCACUGUAGUCCAUAAUGGACUUUGUUGGAGGUCUCGCUUUUAACAAGCGGCUGCUGGAAGAGAGUAGGCGAGUUGUGUUUAGUCUCUUUGCUGAAGAAAUUAGUCAAAGUUAAAAAGAUGUUUGGUGGCUGGCACGUGAUUUCUGUAUCGGUAUCUGCUGUCGUUACUAAAGUUGGUAUAACUAAAGAAGCAAGCAGUCGGCAACAGUCAUUUCUAGAGGGGAUGUCUAACUCGGAGUUACGGCAUUUGACCCUAAAUGAUUGUUGAUAAAACAGAAAAUUCAAACCUCGACCUUCUCCGUCUUUUACUCUUUUGCGUCUUUUUGUAUUUGAGCCCAAACUUCUGAGUGUUUUGGUGCAUAUCUUCUUUACUUCAGUGUUUAUCAUCUGCAACACAGAGUGAGAUGUAGAAAAUGAAGACGCAGCAUGCCUUACAUUUGCGCGUAUGGGUGUGUAUGUGUGUUUGUGCAUGUCAGCACUGAAUGCACGGCAUUCCUGGUCUCCUCCAGACAAACAGACCCCCGCCUAUCAGAACCACGGGAAACACCAGACAUCUGUCAGACUGCAGAUCCAGAUCCAGUGUGUUUCUUAUUAAUUUGGAUCCUGCGACGCUCCGAUCCGUCUGCUCUCAUUAGGAGGUGGUUUAACUUUUGGAUGUUUAAGUGAAAUAUGGGCAGGGCAGGAACCUGCUGAGACCUGCCUCUCCACCAGAUCAGAUCAGACACAGAGGAGGACUUACAGAAAGCAAGAGGGAGCAUGUUCACCUGAGAGGAUCUGAAACAGUCAGUGAGUCAAAAGUCGAUCACGGCUUCAAGUCAUUGAACUCGGAUAAGUUUGUCCAAAAGUUGCUGAUUCGAUAGAUUCUGAUUCAUGCACACCCACGAGGCGAGACUCUCAACUGUGGCUGAGGUGCUUUUCAUUAUUUACCUGCACUUUCUUCCCUCUCUACUGCCCUCAUGUGGUGAAGAUAGAGAAUGGCAGUUUUCCAGAAAGUACCAUGCACCUUUCAAGGUGUCCUGAUACCUCUGCUGUUUUACUUCUGGGAACUUUUCCUUUAACAUUAAUUUCCACUUUUUCUUAAGGUCUCAGCUCGCAAAAUUUUCAGGACACAAGGGGCAAACCUUGAUUUCUGUAAAAUGUUGAAUUUUUACCCAAACAAUCAGGUUUCCAGUCAAAAAAAUUACGGCUUUUAUCCUCAGGAACCACUUUUCAAGGAACUGAAAAGUUCAUUGACCUUAGAAAGUUAGCCUGAUCCAGUCAUGGAUGAAAAACGGACAGUUUCGUACUGUAUACCCUGAUCUUUCUACCCACUUGGAUCCACUCUACCUCCGCCCUUUACGGUCAGAUAGUCGCUUGGUACCACAACAGAAGGGUGUGAAAAUGUAGAGGACAGUUUGGAUUGGAUGCUUUGGUCCCUUUCCCAAAUUUUGAUGGUAGGAAUAUGAAAUUGUCUCCAAACUGAAGGUCAAAGGUGUAUUGGGGUCAAGCCUUUCUGUUGGACUAAACUUAUCAACCCUGCAACACCAUCCUUUGCUUAAACCAGAACUUUCUAGAAGUAUUGCCAACCAGCAAAGUUCUUGGUUGUUAUUCAACACUCCUCCAGCCGAAAUCCCAAAUCCCAGCUGUAAUGUAAACCCUGAUCUUGCUACCCACUAUGAUCCACUCUUUAGGGUCAGAUAGUCGCUCGGUACCCCAACAGAAGGGUGCGAAAAAUCUAGAGGACCGUUUUGACUUGAUGUCUUGGUUACUUUCCCAACUUUUUGAUGGUAGAAAUAAGAAAUUGUCUCCAAACUGAAGGUCAAAGGUGUUUUAGGGUCAAGCCUUUCUGUUGGGCAAAACUUACCAACCCAGCAACACCAUCCUUGCAUAAACCGGGGACAAGCCUUAACGCAGGAACUUUCUAGGUAUUUCCACCAGCGCGAUUCUUUGUUAUUUCAACGCCCCUACCAGCCGAAAUCACAAAUCCCAGCCGUAACUUAAACCCUGAUCUUUCUACCCACUUGGAUCCACUCCUUAGGGUCAGAUAGUUGCACGGUACCCAAACAGAAGGGUGCGAAGAUGUAGAGGACAGUUUGGAUAAGAUGUCUUGGUCCGUUUUCUAACUUUUUGAUGGUAGAAAUAGGAAAUUGUCUCCAAACUGCAGUUGCAAAGGUGUUUUGUUGUCAAGCCUUUCUAUUAGACCAAACCAAUCAACCCUGUAACACCAUCCUUUGCUUAAACCAGAACUUUCUGGAGAUAUUUCCCUCCGGCACGGUUCUCGGUUGUUAUUGAACGCUCUACCAGCCGAAAUCCCAACUAUCCUCCCCGUCUUGUCCUCUCUGCUCUGCAAUCUCACAGAUAUAGUAUCAGGACGUCCUCUGCUAUCUUGUUUUGUCUACAGUAGAGGCCUCUGGGUAAAUGUUAAGAUUAAGGCCUAGGCUCAUCCAAACAGUGAGACACCUCACAUGACGAGGUUUGAUAUUGAUUGAUUUAUGGAAGCGGGGAGCGGUUUACUGUACGAGGAUCGGUUUAAACUUGAGUCUAAACAUAUCAACACUUGUAUAGCAAAAGUCGGACAGGUUUAUAACAAACUGGGGUCAUUUAUUUUCCCUGGAUUGCUUUGCUUGAGUUGUGUUUACAGUUGGACAUAUUUUCAGGUCCUUGUUAGACGAGGAUUUGGACAAAUCUGACUUGAAGUUCACAGAUUUAGACUCUGAGGGUCUUUUUGAGGUGGUAAUCUCUUCCCCUUUCUUCCUUUUUCUGAGUUAACUUAUUACUUCCCUCCUCCUCCUCCUCCUCCUCCUCCUCCUCCUCGUCCCCGAGUGUCCCCAGGCUACACAUAUCCAGGUAUUCAGCUGGCACGCCGCCGCUCCCCUCUCUAAUUUCUCGUUGCCCGUAGCUACGACACUCCGCGCCAAGUGGUGAUGUAUGUGGAGCAUUGAGGGAAAAAAGGUAGACGGGCGUGUUUGAACCUGCGUAAGGCCAGGCUGGGCAGGGCCAGGCGAGGCGAGGCUAGACCGAGGUGGGUUUACAUAUCUCUCAGUGGAAGGAAUUCAGCCCCUCCCCCCGCUCCCAAGAUCCACGUGAGGAAAUUUCUCAAACAAAAGCUGAUAGAUCAGAAUAAUCUAGAGUCUUCUAUGGCUACAAACCUGCUGGUUCCACUAACUGUGAAUAUCGUGAGCAUCAUUCAGAUGACAAAUCAAAGUUUUCCCAAAAUUUUUGCCCCUUUUUCUACAUUUUUAUCCACAUUUUUGGUCUCUCAAGGAUGCCUUUUGGCAUUUCUUGCAUUAGGCUCUAAAUGACGGAUGCCAACCAUCGCUCUUUGUGUUACUGCCAUCUACGGCACUGGUUUGUGGCUAAAGUACCUCAAUAUGUCAUCACAGGAAAGCUGCCCCUCAAAGGUAACGUCAAAUGACCCAUCAAAAAUGGCUCCCACCUUCUUCUAGGCCUUGAUCCACUUCUUGAGAACCACUGGUUUACCGAUUUUAUGGAGUGGUUGACCAGCGUAUGUUAAUCAGACCAGAUCCCGUCAAUAAUCAGGUGCAGGAUGGCUGAUAUAUCACGCCAAAGUCACGUUAAAACUCCUGAAAAGUAUUGAACGGUCAAUCCGACAGAGUUCCCGAGUUAGAUUUUCUCUACAGUGUUUUAUUUGUCUGUGAAAACCAUCUGUCAGGAAGAAACCAGCAUGGGAAGUGACUAGGCUCCCAUCACAUGCGGAACCCGAGUGACGCCAAACACCUGGUGUGUGUGCCGGUGUGUUUACCUCCCCUGCAGGGCUUGUUUAGAUGAAGGUUCAUCUGGUGGAAGACUGAGGAAUUCCAAACACUCCUGAGAAAGUGUGUUUGUGCGAGGAAAAGAAACUUUAGGGUGAACGUCCUUAAUGCCGAACCGACGCCUCCAUCUGUGUGGAGGCGUCGGUUGAACAUCAAACCCGAUGGGCGCGUGUUUUGGUUCUGGUUCAGUGAAAGUUGAGGGGUUGCGCCGAGGGAUGAGAGAGUGUUGUUACAGAUGUUACAGAGAGGGUUCCUCCUUUAUAAGCUUCAUCAAGAGUCCUGAGAGAUCUGCAGACGGCAGCUGGACCAGUUUUGACAUGUGUGGUCAUGAUGCUGUCGAUGAUACCGACUGCUUUCCAGGCAUUCGGCGAACCGUUUACCUCUUCUGUGGAAGCUGGAGAAGUUUACAGGGUGGGGCUUCACACUGAGAUAACAGUUUGAUACAGAACCAAAGUAAAUGAUAUGAUAGGAUUUAAAAGUGCAAACAGAAACAUGGAAUAAAAUGACAGGAUUUGAUGUGUUGUGGUAUAAGAUACAAGGAGAUUAAAUACAAUAAAUAUGAUAACAAUACAGCAACAAGCAAUAUGAAACAAAGAAAGUAUAAUGGAUAUGUUGAGUUAUGAUAAAGUAGGACAAAUUACCAUAUAAUAAGUCAUAAUUCUUUAUUUGUAAUUAGAUACGAUACAAUAAGUUACUAACAAUACUAUAUGUAUUGUUACGUUACAUUACUAAACUAUACGAUGCGAUCAGAUACGAUACAAUAAGUUACUUAACAAUAUAAUACUUUUGGUUAUGAUACAAUAGAUACUAUACAAUACAAUAUAGUACAUUACAUUACUAAAUGAAACGAUACAGUCAGAUGCAAUAGGAUACAAUAAGAUGCAAUACAAUAUGUAUUAUUAUACAACAUUACUAAACUACACAAUUUGAUCAGUUACGAUACAAUAAGUUACAAAAUGGUAUAAUUCGUUAGAAUACGAAACAAUAUGUUGUGUAACAUUACUAAACAAUACGAUACAAUCUGAUAUGAUACAAUAAGUUACUAAACCGUGUGAUAUGUUACGUUAAGUUAAAUUACUAAACUAUGCAAUAUGAUCAGAUAUGAUACAAUAUGAUGUGAUACAAUCAUAUAUGAUACGAUAUUUAUAUUGUUAUGUAACAUUUCUAAACUUAACGAUGCGAUUAAAUACGAUACAAUCAGUUACGAUACGAUAAGUUACUUAAAGAUACGAUAUGUAUCGUUAUGAUACAUAACCAAACUAUACGAUAUGAUACAAUAUGUUACUGAACCAUGCAAUACGAUACAAUACAUAUUGUUACGUAAUAUUCAUAAACUUUAUGAUGCGAUAAGAUACGAUACAAUCAGAUACAAUGCGAUGGUAUACUAUACAAUCAGAAGUGAUAGGAUACAAUCAGAUAUGAUAUAAUAAGUUACUAAAUGAUACGAUCAGAUACAAUAGAGUUAUAUAUCUUAUUUAUCUUAUAUGAUAAGAUACUCAAUAGAACGAUUCAACAUGACACAAUAUGAUAGUCUUUGUCUUUUAUAGGGAAAAAUACUGAAUUUCCCCUCAGGGAUAAAUAAAGUUCUUAUUAUCUUAUCUUUAUGUCUUGACCUUAAUUGUUUAAUUCAUAGAACUUUUUCCACAUUGGACCUGACAUGAAAAAAUAAUACCAAAAAAGUUCAUGUUUCUUUUUUAUCCACACUGGUCCUAAAAACGGAAUCAUUGCAGAAAUGCCAAAGUAAUGAUUUGUGAUCACAUUAACUGAUUUAAAACAAAAAGAAGGAAAACGGUUUAGAAACAGAUGAUGGUGCAUUUGUUAAUUUUGGUAAAAAUUAGUCAACAAAGAUUAAAAUCACUAUAAAUCAAAUAUCUAUUAAUAUGUUGAUCUAUUGUUUACUUUUAAGUGUUAAAUCCAGGUUUGAAAAUGUACGUAAAGUUACUAAAAUAACCUUUGAGAGUUGAGAUUAGAUUCAGGGAGAUUCAGGCAGAGACGGUUUUGCGUUAAUGAUUGAAGUGUGUAGGUGGUGCAGAGUUCUGGGUCAGCUACCCGGUGCCCCGAUACCCUGAAGUGCUCUCCCUGCAGGUAUCUCUUAGUGGGAGGUCACAGGGGUCAACAUUCAUUAGACCAAAUGAAAAGAGACGAGAGGAGGGAAAUAACUUGAGAAAUUCCCGAGAAAACCAGUGGAAUUCUUCUGUGACAUAAAGGCGUGUGUGUGUGUUUGUGUGUGUGUGUGUGUGUGUGUGUGUGUGUGAUAGUGGGGGGUAAGGGGUCCUCCAGUCAGGGGGUCUUCCUCCUCCAAAGAGUCGGUGAGUCAAAACACACAUGGUUGGAUUUUUGUCCAGAGUGAAAAUAUUUGGUUUGGUUGUUCCUCUCGGGGCGUCAGCACCUUGAAGUAGUCAAAGUCCAGCCGCGAUGAAAGGGAUCAACGGUUUGAGUUAGCAGCUCGGCGCCCGCAGUGCCACUCUCCACAGCAGGAUAAACACCCACACACACACACACACACACACACACACACACACACACACACACUUAGAGACAAAGAAGGGGAACCCACACGCAGAUACAGAGUCUGUGUAAACGAAACCUUGAUCCAUCCAUCGAACACCAACACUGGGACACUGGAAACUGGGAGUAAGAACUGGGUUCAGGCGUGAUGGUGGAAGUGCUGACUCUAACUAACUCCUGUCUUAAAGGGAUAUUCCGGCGUAAAAUUAAUUUAGGCUCAAACACACAGUAACAUCGAGUUAGACACCCUGUCGAGAGAUGAAUGUUGCCGACCACUUGCUUCUCUAGUUUAGUAACUUUAGUAACGACCGAAGGGUAGCAAUACACAGCGGUCCGAGGAGCCAUAAACAAACCUCAACCAAAACGCCGCUCUAUAGACAGGUUUCUGUGCAACGUCGUCACAGGUAUGCGCGCGAAUCAACGGAGAGAGAAAACGACAAGGAGUUGUUGUGCUGUAAACUGCACAAAUUGGCAAAACAAACAAUCGGCAAACAUCACGACCCUGCUCCUGAUAUUAGAAACAUCUAAAACAAUGUCACAACUUGGUGAAUUGAGUGAAAUUCAUGGAUAUUUCAGUGUUUUUCUGAUUUUACUGCAAUGAAAGACAAAGCGAUUUUUCAACGAAACGACAUUUUAUUGCAAUUUUGUCACAGAGAACUUCUUCAUUGAUAUCGGUUCACUCUGAAGCAGGCUUUUGCCCCAUAAUUGCGCACGCACCUGUAUUGUUUGUACACAAGAAACCCGUCUUUAUCCACAAAUAAUGCUCAGAACAGCACCUAACUUCAUCAACAGGACAUAUAGUACAUAAUGGACUCGAGCCAGUCUAUUACGGACUACAGCGGGGUUUCGCAGCUCAAGGAAGAACAUUUAUGAUCAUUUCUUUAUCAUUUCCUUGAAGUAAAAAUCACCAUAUUAAUCAUUUUUUACAGACGCGGUAGUUCUUCUGCCUUAGCGUCUCGGUCUGAUUGCAUUUCCAUGAAGAAAUCAUCAUAAAUGUUCUUCCUUGAGCUGCGAAACUCCGCUGUAGUCGAUGGACUCGCCUGGUGCUAUGUCUGGGACCCUAUAUGUCCUGUUGAUGAAGUUAGGUGCUGUUCUGAGCAUUAUUUGUGGCUAUAGAGUGGUGUUUUGGUUGAGUGCGUGGCUCUCUGUAUGUGUCUAACUUGGUGUUACGUCGUGUUUGACCUUAACUUAACGGCGGAAUAUCCCUUUAAGACCGAACAUGUCCUUUUCUAGCCUCUUGAGGAACUGCAGGUUCUUGUAUCCUGAUUCUGGUCCAGGUUGAUAAGUGAGAAAGCAAUCAAAUCAAAAGCGGCAUUUCCACUGGAAAUACAUGUUUACUUGUGUUGCCGUGUGUGUCUCUCGGUUACCCGGGAAAUGGCGAGAACGUGUCGGCUCUAGUCCCUCCUGAUUGUGGCGAACGCCUGCCAAGCUCGCCGGUUAACAGCUGAGGUCAGAUCCAACCUGAGUGUGUUUCUUCUUGUUCGUGACGUCCAAAUGAAAGACACACACUAACACACACUGAGUUUGUUAUGUGUGUGUUUACAGUGUGCGUUUGCACGUGUGUGUGUGUGUGUAUUUGUGUUAUUCGGGCAGGGCAGUGUGUAAAGGUGUCUAAUCAUCAGUCUUUGAUGAGCGGGGGAAUUCCAGUCUCGCCAGUCUAAUCCCUGGUUGCAUGCCUUCCGCUCACCCCCCUACCCCACCCCUUUCCUCCCCCCUGUUACUCCACCCACUCUCACCUGGCUCACCUCUACAUCAGCCUGUACACACCUCCAUUGUUUUUGUACGAAAAUAACCCCUGAGACUCUAUUUUUAAGGCGAUAAAUACAGUUUUUCGCUCAUUUCUGACCCACAUUUUUGUCGGAUAUUUUCAAGAAUAAUGGUUAAGAUGACUCAGCAGAUUAAAUUAGCUAUCAUAUGAUAUAUUUUUGGUAUAAGGGUAAAAUUUUGAUAUAAAUACUCCACAAAAUACUCCUUUAAACGACCUGUAAGUGCGUUUUUCUGUCUUUUACCCCCUCUUCUUGACCUCAUCUUGUCUGUGAAGCUGACCAGGCUUCCUCGCCGCUCUUGUGCGAUGCGGUCAAAGUGGGACGGAGGUGAGCAAAAAGGCCGGAGGGCGAAAAGACACAAGAGAGGGAGACACUGACAGAAAGAGUGGAGCAAAUAUCUGCGGCUCACUGACCUUUCUAAGUGGAUUACGCGCCCCGACAGUGCAUUGAGGGUACAGAGAGAGGGACUGAACUGAGAGAGAGCCGAGAGAGAGCGUCCGUGAUCACUUCAUCUCAUCUCCGUUCAUUUCACAACAAAGAGAGAAUAAUUGGCGGUUAUCAAAUACCUGUGUGUGCAACACCUCAGCCUGCAGCUGAUCGUAUAAUCGAAUGAAAGUUAGAUUCCUCCGAAUCAACCGAACAUUAAACACGAACACUGACUGGAACAUGUUCAAAACCAACACGACUGAUUGACAGAGUUAUACAACUGAUCUGUUACAUAAUGAUAUCACCUUUUUUAUUAUUAUUUAGGCUUCAGUGUCGUUACUAUCUGCAUUUAGCUGAUAAUAACUUCAGAUUAUUGUACAAAUACAGUCGAAUAUGAGUGUACGGAUCAUACCCGCUCUUUGGUGAAGUUUCACGGGAUGGUUUUCGGUGUAAAUUAGCUCCAAACAAACAAAAACUGACUGAUUCAAACUUUUAUUGAAUAAAUGUUGUAUAAAACACAAACAGACAGAAUACAUUUCCUACAAUGCUGAGAUUUUCUUCGGUACUUCACCGUGAAAAAUUGAUCAGUUUGUGCAGCAGGGGGCGGCGAGCAGUUGGAUACGUUAUCUUGAAUAAAUUAGAUGAACCUUUGGCACAAUAUUCACAGAUAAGUAAAUGUCAAUUUGGCAAAUAUGAGUUGACACUUUUAAUCUGACUGUGCAGCAAUUUGGUAAAACUCUAAUUUGCAAUUCAGAUAAACUGGAUUAGAUUGAAAAAAAAAAUUUGAUUGGUUUGAUUGGAUUGGCUUGGAUUAGUUUGGAUUAGUUUAGAGGAUUAGAUUGGUAAAUUUGGAUUGGUUUAGAUUGGUUUGGUUGGCAUAGAAUGGAUUAAACUAUCUUGGAUUAGAUUAGAUAGGUUUGAUUGGAUUGGCUUGGACUGUUUUGGAUAAGUUUGGAUUGGUUUAGAUUGAAUUAGAUCAGAUUAGAGGCAUGGAUUGGAUUAGACCAUCUUGGAUUAGAUUAAAAUUGGUUUCAAUUGGAUUGGCUGGGAUAGUUUGGAUUAGUUUAGAUCGGAUUAGAUCAGAUGAGAUUGGUUUGGAUUGGCAUGAAUUGGAUUAGAUUGUUUUAGAUUAGAUUUGUUUAAAUUGAAUGGACUAGUUUGGAUGAGACCGGAUAGGUUUGGAUUAGAUCAGAUUAGAUUGGUUUGGUUGGCAUGGAUUGGAUUAGACCAUCUUGGGUUAGAUUAGAUAGGUUUGAUUGGAUUGGCUGGGACUAGAUUUGUUUGGACAGAAUAAAUUUGGAUUGGAUUAGAUGGGAUUAGAACAGAUUAGAUAACAUUAGAUUAGAUUGGUUUGAUUGGAUUGGCUCGGACUGAUUUGGAUUAGACAGGAUAGGUUUGGAUUGGAUCAGAUAGAUUCGUUUGGAUUAGGCUAGAUUAAAUUGGUUUGCUUGGUUAAUAUUGACUUGGAUUGGAUGUCGAGCCAGUACAAAGGUUGAGCAUCCCUCAUCUUUUUAAUUUUAGCCGACUCUACAAAGUAAAAGUUUGUCCGAUAAAAAGUUUCUUUCUUUAUUUAUUUAAAGUCAAACUUGCUAAAUUCAGUUCUUGUUUGAAUCCCUUAAAAAUAAAGCUCCUAGAAGCUUCUCUUAGUCCACGAGGUGAGGUGUAAAGGUCCUCAGGGUUUUAGGUUUAAUCCUGCCAUCCUUUUGUCAAAUAACGUUUAAAAAGAAGAAGUGAAAGGAGGACGAAUGUGGGGAUGACGGAGAAGCAGAUGGAUGUAGAGAAAGAGGAGAGAGAGAGAGUGGAGCUGCAGGCCUGGGCGUGGGAGAGCAGACUGCAUUGAGCUGAAGCAGACCAGAGACUAAUCUGGAGAUUCAGGGCUUGUAAAAACACCUCCACACACACACAAACACACACACACAUAGACACAUACUAACACAGAUACACACUUGACUACCCAUGUGCAAAUGUAUUCAGACAUGUAUGAGUGUGCCUGAUGGAAACCUCUUCACCCCGCCGCCGUCCUCAACAACACGGUUUGCACACGUUUUUGUAUUUUUACUGCGAAUAAGCGACGUUCUGCUGACUCCGUUACAAAGUGUUUUCAGCGGGAAUCGAACCCUCGACCGCGGCGUCAGAAGGGCUGUGUACAGACAGAGCCGUGACUCUAUCGGAGCUGAGAUCAGUGCGGUGGGAGAGGAUUUCACGGCCUGUCAGUGUGUGGUUAACACCUGCUUUAUGACCCAGGACACACACAUACACACACACACACACACACACACACACAGGAAUGUCACACACACGAUGUAAGUGUAUAUACAGCGUGUGUGUGUGUAUAUACAGAAACGAUAAACUAUGGUUCAAUGCUUCAUGUCAGACCAAACUCUUAACUAGGCUUCGGCGAUUUGGACGAAAAAAAUGAUCGCAAUAUAUUUUGUCAUAUCGUCCGAUCUCAAUUAUUAUCACAAUUUUUUUUAACUGCUAGUUUUAAAACAUCUGUACAAAAAACUAAAGAAACUCAAGAUUAGUUCAACAUUCAGGGUUAGUGAUGGGCACGGCGGUUCUUUUAGAUGUACUGAAUCACUAGAAUCAGUUCACUAAAAAGAUUCGUUCAAAAGAUUCGUUCACCAAAUCAGUUGAACAGGAUUCAGUUCAAUUUAAAGCUUCUGGGACCAAGUUGUUGUGGUGGCAAUUUAGCAGUAAAUAAAAUUAUAUUUGUUUCCAACAAAAAUGAUUCCGUAGAGUGUACUUCAAUGUGUGAUUCGUUCACCAAGUGAUUCAGGUGUCGGUUCAUGAGGUCCCUCAUUUGCUGGUUGCUCGCCUAGCAAUGCUGUUUGUCACUUCAGCGCAACUGAAGUGAGAAACGAACGAAUCACUCGAGGAAGUGAUUCAGUUCAGUAUGUUCACUUAAAAGAUUUGGUUGUUUUGAACGAAUCGUUCGCGAACCACACAACCAAACUCAGGGUUAGUGAUGGGCAAGGCAGUUCUUUUAGAUGUACUAAAUCACUAGAACCAGUUCACGAAAAAGAUUCAUUCAAAUGAUUUGAUCACACAUCACUGAAUCAUUUAGCAGGAGAAACCUGCGACUCCGACCUCCUAUUUCUUAUUGUUACCGCUGCAAUGAUAGGAUAUUGUGCGUUUAAUGCACUACUUGUUACAUGCUGUGUCCUGUUGUAUGCAAGUUGUUGUGGUGGCAAUUUAAAAAUAGGUAGUUUUGUACGACAAAAAUGAUUCCAGAGAGUGUAGUUCAAUGAAUGAUUCGUUCACCAAGUGAGUCAGGUGUCAGUGCAUGGGAUCCAUUGUUCGCUGGCUGCUGGCCUGGCAACUUCAAACGAACGAAUCACUCAAGGAAGUGAUUCAGUUCAGUGCGUUCACUUGAAAGAUUCGGUUCUUUUGAAUGAAUCGUUCACAAAGGACACAACACUGCUCAGGGUUAAUGAAGAUGCCUUGAAAUGUAAAGAUUCAAUGAUGUAAACAUAGAUGAUUCGAUUGAUUGGUUUGGUCUGGUGGCUGUUCCGCUAGUUUUAGCUAAAUUGUGAAUGCUACUUGCGCCAUCAGCAGUUUUUGCAUUUUCACGUUUUCCACAUAAUCACUUGGGAAGAACUCCUUCAAAUGAUUAAACAGAUCUGUUGUGUUGUUGAGAUUGGUGAGGGCACCGACCGCCGACAUACCUUAACACAUCUGCACAAUUAACAGCCGAAGUGCAACCGACGUUGAUUAACUUUUUUAACUUAAGAUUGCAUCUUCGGAGGGCGACUCAAUCAAUUUUGCUGCCGCCCUCAGUUCCGUGUUUAGCUUCACUAUCGGACAUUCCGUUUACUUCUCCGUCAAUUUACACAAGUGCGAAGCUGGACUCUGAUUGGUUGUUGUGACGCACAUUUCCGCUAUGUUUGAUCAAGAAAAUAUGCUAACCACUGAGAAAUUUAUCACGAUCACAUAAUCGCCCGGUCCUACUCUUUGAGGUAUUUGGUGCCCUCAGAGUCCCCGCUCUGACUGUGACCCAUUAACUCUCGUACACCUCGACUUUUACGGUUCUUGGGCUGAUCUUUAACACUCUAUCGGUCCUUCUUUGUGCAGGUUUUAGCUUCUUAAACGGGGAGGAUUUGCCGCUUCAGUGUGAAUGAAAUCUAAAGAAGACAUUUCCAAGACGCCCGCCUUCUUUCUCUGACGGUGUCUGAGGAUUAAUCGCAGCCAUCUUCCUGUAAAUCUAUCAAAACCACGAGCCCAAACAUGGACACACAAAGCUUUUUGCAGACACAGAAGAAUGCUGACUUAUCCUCUCUCUCUCUCUCUCUCUCUCUCUCUCGCUCUCUCUCUCUCUUUCUCGUGCGCCCUCGGCCUCUCCGUCUUUCUCACAACCUGCCUGCCCGGCAUGCGUGCAAUCGAUGCCCGUCUGGCAUCCGCUGUGUCAACAAGCCUGGGAAAAGUUAAUCAGCGGCCUGGCACUCCCAUCGUGCCAUCCCUCGCUCCCCGCUCUGCUCUCCUUUAACCCUCUCGGACUCACACACUCGGCCUCCAAACUAAAGAUAACGUGGUUUUAUUUUUCUCUUUACGACCCCGAACACUUCUUCUCAUCAUCAAACAAACCUGCGGAGAAAAUCCACUGACCUUUCUCCUCCUUCUCCUCCUCCUCUGUGGGAAGAAACGCCACCUGUAGCACGCUGUGGUGUAGCAGCCUUAUGAUGGAGCUCCCUCUAGUGGCAGGAAAGGGCUGCAGCAUGAAAUAUGUGAAAUAUAUUACAAAACAGCAAGAAAAGAUGGCUUUUGUGUACAAUUUUGAUAUUAAAAACUUGUGCUUUUAUUUUGAAAUUCAUCCCAUGUCUGUUCCAGUGGUGCUUAAACACAUUUUUCAUCAUUUUUCUGUGGUUUAAAUCGAAAAAUUCUGAGUUUCUUUCACCAAAUUGAGCUUUAAGGCUCCUUUAAAAAAGUAUAAAUUACAAUAAGUGAAAUAAUUUUUCUGUUUUUCUGUCGUUCAACAGGCUUGUCAUGGCUGUGUGGGAUCCAAAUGUGACUGCAGUGGACAGAAAGGACUCAAGGUGGGUGAAACGACUGAAUAAAUGUUGAAUUAAUAUUGUUUGGAAAUAUGAGGAAGUUUGAAGACUAAUCUGAUAUUCUUGUUAUACUUUUUACGGCCACUAGAGGUCGACUGAUUACAGCUUUUCAAGGGUCCCACGGAGGAAUUGACGGCUAUUAGGCUGUAUGUUCACAAUUCUAUGGUAGCCAGUCGUCCAGACUACUUUUAGACGUCUUUUCGACCUCUUUUACAACAAAAAAUGCUCAGUGGGGUGGAGGUUGAAACCGAUAAAAAGACAGCAAAUCCGUCAGUGAUUGAUAAAUACAUAACGCUAAUUUCACAUAGUUGUUGUUAAUUAAUUAAUUUUUUUCACAAUUUAUUCGCUAAAUACAAGUUGAUAUUUUAUAAUAACUCUGUAACGUUGCCAGAAAGGAAUUUUGAAAUUAUUAAAAAAAGAAAAAGAAGAAGUAAUGAAUUGAAUUGAAAUGAAAAAAAGUGUGUUGAUGUCAGUAUACAGUAAAACUAUGUGUUUAAUUUCUUUAUUUAUAAACAUCUGACCUAGUUAUAACUGAAAGGGGAUAUGUCGCCACCUACUGUAGUGGAGGAGGAAAUGCUUCUGCCCAUUAUUUAAUUCUUGUUUUUCCUCGUUUCUGUUUUAGUCAUGAUAUUUGCUUUAAAUUUACAGUGUUAACCCUGAGUGUAACAUUUGAAUUAUACCGGUUAAUGCCUCAUUUACACUUUUAAAAUCUAAAAUACUGGCUUCUGUUCAUCUAUGUCUCCGUUUCCAGGGUGAACGGGGUUUCCCAGGCCUGACCGGACAACCGGGAGUCCCAGGAUUCCCGGGACCUGAGGGACCCAUUGGUGCCAGAGGAGAAAAGGUGAGUUACUGAGCGUCAAGGAGAGAAAGCUCACCUUGUUUCAGGUAUCAGUAGUUUGUGGAUUAAUUGUAGUCCAGAAGAGCUCAGGAUACAAGUAUGGUAGAUGUAGAUAAAUUUCAGGACUUAAAAAGCGUUUUAGUGAUUUUAAGUUUUAAAACUCAGGACUGAACUUUAAUUUCAUUUUUGAUCUGGUUUGAUGUCUGUGUGUGUUUUCUCUCUUUCAGGGUAGCGACGGACCUCAAGGACCAGGUGGUCCAAAAGGAAUUAGAGUGAGUUAUCCACCUUUAUUUAUUCUGUUCUUCUCCUGCAGCGUUAAAACUCACUUAAAAACACCUGAAGUUAUAAAGCUUAGUUAUAAAAUGAGUUGAAAUCAAUACUAAUGCAACUGUUUGACCUGUACAUCAUAUGUGCAGGAUAAGUGUUAAAAAACCUGACUUUAUCCACAUGGGGGCGCCAAAGUUGUCACAAAAUGGAAGGUUUAAAAAAAACACAAAAAAGGAAAUUUGGAAGAUAAAAAUUAUUUAUUAUUUUGCCGUUUUCUUUAAUAGUUUCAGUCUCUAAUUUCUGUCCUCAUUGAUGGAUCUUGAGGACAUGUGGUUGUAAUACCGCUCUCUGUCCAGCAGAUGUCUCCAUUAUCCCGAUCUGACUCUGAGAAGCCAGUUUUUAAACUUUCAUUUUAAUUUUGUCUUUUUAUUUUUUGACAGGGACCUGCAGGAUUACCAGGAUUUCCAGGAACUCCAGGACUUCCAGUCAGUUUUUCCAAACUAUUUCAAAUCUUUCAUCAUUUAGCUAAAAAGAAGUUUUAAUCAUGACGUAACUUCCUGUUUGUGGUUGUUUUUUUAGGGUCUUCCAGGUCAGGACGGACCACCAGGCCCGAGAGGCGUGCCGGGAUGUAACGGGACGAAGGUAACGGAGAGAAGACUCUUUCGGAAAUUACGACGCUAUUGACUGAAACUAACUUUUAAUUGCAACUAAAAUCGGAAUAAUCUUCUUCUUCUUCUGUGCAGGGUGAGAGAGGUUUCCCAGGAAGUGGAGGAAUCCCCGGAGCUCAGGGAUUAGCUGUGAGUUUACGCCAACGAAGACGAAAAGUUAUUGUUUUUAAAAAUUUAACGACUUUUAAAUAUCUUUUAAAACUUUUUUUCUUCUUCUUCCUCUCAGGGUCCACCUGGUCUUCCAGGACAAAAGGUAGGUAUCAGCAGCUCUCCUAACUCGACUUUGUUAAAACUUCUACUAGAAUUGACCCUGUUAUCGGGGUUUUGACCAAUCAGAAUCGAGUAUUUCAAACGGCGAAAAAUGCGUUUGUAAUGAGACGUUCUGCUUUAUUUCAAAUUCUUUCAAAAUGACUAAAAAUGUGUUUAAAACAGCAGAAAAACAGAGCUGAACUGUAGAUUUGUGUAUUUUCUAUUGCUGAUAAAGAUAUUUUUGGACUUUUACAUCAAUUUUUACCAAAACAGACCAAAUAAAAGUUCUUUAAAUCUGUUUUAUGUGCCAAACUUUUUCAGUGGUUGAAUCUAAAACCAUCUCUGUCAUGAAAGCAAGGUUAAACAAACGAAAAGGACCAGAAAAAAAGGAUUUAUUACAAUGAACUAAAUAAAAACAGGCAGACACAACAUACAUGAUCCAACAAGAACAGGGUAAGACAGAGACUAUAUACACACACUGGUUAACGAGCAACAGGUGAGGCUGACGAGACACAGGUGAAACUCAUCAGUGAUUAACGAGGGAGGGAAAACGAGGGAAGUAAAAGCAGACUAGAAACACAAGGAAUCAACUCCUACAAAAUAAAACAGGAAAUAAACACUGAAAACUGAUCUAAAGAAUAAAAGAGAGAACAGAAGGGAAACAGGGUUACACAGAAAUUACACUCAAAUGACAAAACCAGUAAAAAACUAGAUAAACGUAACAUAUCAUGACAAUCUCCUGAAUCAGUCUUAAUUGUUUGAUUUAUAUAAAUAAAAAGCCAAAGUUUUCCUUUUAUUGAACAGAUUUUAUUUUGAAAAGUCAAAUUUAAGAGUAGAUUUAAUUCUCGGCUGGCAUGACUCAUCUGAAAAGUCCUUUUUUUCCCCCUUCAAUUCUUGUUUCUACCACCAGAUGGUGCUGUUUGCCAUAUUGAUAAAUCAGCUGCAACAGUCUAGAUCAGCGGUUCUCAACUGGUCUCAGUCUGGGACCCACAUUUUCCCAUGGUCCUGAAGUCGUGACCCACUUUUAUAAAAUUCAAAACAAGUAAAUUUGUUUUUUAUUUAAAAAAAAAAAAAAAAAUUUAAGACUCAAAUCUUUAACACAAAUACACUUGUUUUGUUGAGUAAAGUGCAUUUCAGAGCACAUGAACUGAGGACGACAACUACCGAAGUUCCUUGUGCAGAAAAUAUCAAAUCAAAUAAAUAUCAAAUUGCACGAAGUAAGAUAUUUCUCAAACUAAAAGAAAAAAAAUCCAUUAGAUAUUUACUUUAUCGACCAGCUGUUUGUGACCCAUCCAGAACUGCCCACAACCCACUUUUGGGUCGGGACCCACCAGUUGAGAACCACUGGUCCAGAUCACUUUUCUGAAAGAUGUUUUAUCAGAAAUGACAGUUUAAAAAUAUUUACAAAAUAAACACAUUAUGAAAUUUUUGGUGAUUUCUUGACUCUGUCUUGUUUUUUUGUCUCUGUGUUUUUAGGGAGACCCCGGUGAUGUGAUCUCCACGGAUCGUUUUGGAUCGACAGGAUCUGUCGGAUAUCCUGGACUACCUGGAUCCCCUGUGAGUUUUUUGUCUUUUUUAAAUUUUAUUUUAACUCUUUAAUUUUUCAUUGAGAUCCCAAAGUUUGAGAUGAUGAUAUGUCUUGAUAGGAAGAUAUCAAACUUUAGAAGAGAUCCAAACUUUUAAACAAAAUACAAAAAUAUUUCAUAAAAACUCAAAAGAAUACAGAAAACAUAAAAGAUACAACAUGAAAGCAAAAUCAGAGAAGAAAACGCAAAAAUAUAUUCUUAAUGUGGCCCUAAUACUCCGUCGUAAAAAAGGAAAUAUUACAUUUUGGUAAAAAGUUUUUCUGUUUUUUUUAAAAGUACUUUGUGGGUUUUCAGUGGGAGAAUUUUACGUUUGAUAAAAUAUUUAAGCUGUUUUUUGAUUUAAUUUACUAAAUGUAUUCAUUUAUAUUCAUUCAAUUUAUUUAUAAUAUUUACACAGUUGAGCCUCAAGGCCACCGUAAUUUUUGAUUUUGCAUUGUGAAAUUUACCUGUGUCUCAUAAAAUUAUUUUAAGUUUUAUGAAAUGUUUGAUCAAAAAAUUUUUGGUUUCACAAAAUGUUUAUACAGUUUCCCCUCAAGGCCCCCGUACUUUAGUGUUAUGCAAAGGUCCUUAAUUUUGCAAUGUAUAAAAUUUUGCCUGUGUUCCAUAAAAUUAUUUGUUUUAUAAAAUUUUUGAUCAAAAAUUUUUUGGUUUUAUAAAAUGUUUAUACAGUUUCCCCUUAAGGCCACCAUACUUUAGUGUUAUGCAAAGGUCUUUAAUUUUGCAUUGUAAAAAAUUUUACCUGUUUCAUAACUUAUUUUAAGUUUAAUAAAAUGUUUGAUCAAAAUUUUUUUGGUUUCAUAAAAUGUUUAUACAGUUAACCUUCAGGGCCACCAUAGAAGACCUAUACCUCUCUCUAAGUGUGUGUUGACUCUCUUCUUCAGGGCACACCUGGACCCCCCGGUUCACAAGGACCGCUCGGCCCACCUGGACCCAGAGGCUAUGAUGUAAAAACCUGCAUAAAGAUCCUCUCACUUUCUUAAUUUGUGUUUUUUGUUUCAUUCCAACAAAGUGAACCAUUCGUGGUCCAAUCAUGUUGUUGAUGUUGUUGUUUUCAGGGUCGUCCAGGUCCUCCUGGUCUCCCAGGACCAAAGGUGGGUUCAAAGACUCACAAAGAAACUUUUUUUAUCAAACGCUGAAUCUUCGAGCUUAUUUUUAAGUUUCCAAACUUUAAAAAAAACAUUUUCGCUUCCUCCAACAGGGAAACAUGGGACUGAAUUUCCAAGGACCCAAAGGAGAGAAGGUACAGACUUUUUAAUCUCACACUUUCUCUGACAGAAGAAUUUACUCCAACCUUUAACCCUUUAUCUGCGUCUGUAUGUACGCAGGGUGAUCCAGGUUUGCCAGGACCUCCUGGUCCUCCCGGGCAGGUGGGAGAGCAGAAGAGACCACCAGAGACGGAGAUCCAGAGAGGAGACAAGGUAACAUCACCGACACAGCCCACAGAGUGACACCCAUCCUGCUUGAGACUGAUGAGAAGUGUCUGUUUCUAUUUUGUUGUGGGAAAGUUUGUUCAAAUGUGAAACAUCUUUUUAACUUUGCCCAACUUCUUUAGCAAAGAGACUAAACAUAACUCACCUACUCUCUUCCAGCAGCCGCUUGUUUGUAGAGAGACCUCAGGCCAGUCCAUUAAAGACUACUAACUAACUUAAUUUUACGCCGCAAUAUCCCUUUGAGACCAGGCUCUGGUUUCUGUUUGAUGAAAGGGGAGGUUAUACAGAACUGUCACGCCUUUGCCUUAAAUCACCCAGCCCUCUGCUUUCUUUGCUCAGUGCUGCAACUCUCACUCCAACCACUAGAUGGCAGCAGAAAAUUCCUGCAAAACACUGCAUAGAUAGAGUAAUCAGUGGAUAGUGCUGAAUUAUCCACUGCUGCCUAUUUGAGUCUCAAAUUGUUAAAUUCUUAAAUGUUUUCUUUUUGUAGGGUGAUCCAGGUUUUCCAGGUCCUCCAGGUGAUCCAGGCUAUCCAGGACCUCCUGUAAGUGUCCAUACUCAACUUUAAACAACAUUGUUUAGCGAUAACCUUGAAGACCAGUCCUUGACUUGAGUUUUGUUGUCCUUUUAGGGUCCCUCUGGUGGACAGAAAGGAGACAAGGGAGAACCAGGCGAAGCAGGAAAACGAGUAAGAAGAGUCUAAAUAUAAAAAUCUUUCCCUGCCCUCCAUUUCUGCAGAAGAAAAAGAAGAACUUUAUUGAUCCCCGAUGCAGACUUAGCAUGAUUGAAUUACCCAUAGUUCAUAGCACUGUGGCCUGAAACCAAGCAGAAAACCUCCAGUCCUGAGAAAUGAAAGUGCUAAAAUCUGCAGUUCCCUGAAUGUCCACUUGAGGCUGUCUGCAGAAGCACCAAAAACCACAUACACACCAAGCCAGAAAAGCCAGUUUGGCUCAGAUUCUGGACUUUGAGCUAAAAUCCGCUCAUUUUAAUGUUUCUUCCUCGGUCAAGGACCACCAGUCAAACUUUGAUUUAUUCCUCCUCACAGGGCAAACCAGGCAAAGACGGCGACCCCGGUCCUCCAGGCUUCCCGGUAAGUCCUAGUACAUGAAUAAAUUAUUGAAGAUCCAACUGGUCCUUCUUUUAUGUCCCCCUAACAACCUGACUGACUUUCUGUUCCUCUUUUCUCUCCUCAACUAUCAGGGAAUCAAAGGAGAAUCUGGCCUACCAGGUCCUGCCGGCAGGGAUGGAGAGAGAGUAAGUUUUUGACAAUUUUUCAACUUUGGAUCGCCAUGGAUCGAUUUUAUAACUAAACUCUGUCUCUCUGCUUUAAAGGGACUGAAAGGUGACCGUGGAUACCCAGGGCCUCCAGGAGUGGUGUGUAUUCCAAACAAAUAUAAUGACUGUCAAAUUAGAUAUUUAUAUACUUACACAAGGUCCUUACACACCGGCGAAUUUGCGGAUCGCCAGACUCCGCAGCUGAUCGCACGAGUUCUAUUUUUUCCGGACGCUGGAGCAUAUCAGAUAAAUUCAGCACAGAUUAACCCAUGCUAGGAAGGAAGUGUGGCACAGACACAAAAUGCUGCUGCCACGCUCAAAAUACACAUCCUGUAUGUUGUAGCCUUAACAAUGAGCCAAGAAGAGAAAAGAAAAUACAGGACAGUCUACUUUAUCCCCAUGACCACUAAGAAGUGGUGCUUUCACUCACCCCGCUCUUUAUUAUUCUCUUAGGUGAUUGGUGGCCAGACAGGAGGUCGGGUUGGUCCUAAAGGUGAGCCUGGAUAUCCUGGAUCACCUGGAAUCAAAGGAGACAGAGGACCACAAGGUAAACACAGCCGUGUGAUCCAAGAAAGAAUGGUUUCUUUACCAAUUUUGACUGUUUUCUGGUUUGUUAAGCGAACUCAAGCACAUAGUGUAGUGUUGACGAUGGUGAUGGUGUGCAAACAAAAAAGUUCAUGUCAGGAUGGUGGCAUAAGUGUCUGAUACGCCUGUUUAUAUCGUUUAGCAAUGAUUUUGCUUUCCUGUCUUCUCCAAGGUCCAACGGGUCCUACAGGAGCUCCAGGGCUUCCAGCUAUCGGAGGAGGUGGUCAGCCCGGAGCCCCAGGCUUCCCUGGAGAGAGAGGUCAAAAGGGAGACUCUGGUCCACCGGGUCUGUCUUUGCCAGGUCCUCCAGGACGUUCAGGAGCACCUGGUCCUGCGGGUCAACCAGGUCUCCCUGGACCUCCGGGAAUUUCUACAUCAGGACAAAACUGUGUCCCCGGAGAGCCUGGGCGUCCAGGUCUGCAGGGGGAGAGAGGCUAUCCAGGCGAGACAGGGCAGAAAGGUGAGGUGUCCUGGUGUUCUGUUAGACCGGUCAAAGUAAAAGUAGAGGAUGUGCAUUUCUAAAGGUUUUGCCAGGUUUGUUGUCUCAUGAUCCCUUGCUGUUUCAGGUGAGAAAGGUGACACCUGCGUGAACUGCUUUGGUGGUGGCGGUGUCAUUCAAGGACCCCAAGGACCUCCAGGGCAGCCAGGAUUCCCAGGUAAUGUUGCCUCAUGGUCAAAAAAAUGACACCUGUUGAUUGUGGUUGAAGAAUAUGUCCACAUGUCCUUGGUCAAGAGUGUAGAGCAUACAGUGUAGAAGAAAUGAUGGUGAAAUGAAUGCUCUGUUUCGUACUUUGUUCCUCCAGGAUCUUCAGGUGCUCCAGGACUCAAAGGUGAUAGAGGAUUCCCAGGAACUCCAGGUGGCGUUGGAUCUCCAGUAAGUGCAUUUUACUCCUCUGCAACUGUAAAUAACACUUUGAUAGAAACUUAAUGAUUACUUAAGACUCAAAAGACUUAAAUUCAGUUUUUCCGAGGUGCCUUGAGAAGUUCUCUUCUGACAGCCAGAUUUACUGCUUCCUUUUCUUUCCAGGGCACACCUGGUCCUCAAGGUGCUCCAGGAUUCCCUGGAGAGAAGGGAGACCCAGGCGAUUCUGUUACAGUCAGUGGAGUGAGGGGGGAUAAGGGUGACACAGGCUUCCCUGGACCACCUGGUCUUCCUGGUCUUGAUGGUCGCCCUGGUCGUGAUGGGCAGCCUGGAAUACCUGGACCUAAAGGAGCUCCUGUAAGUUGCUUUCUGAGGGACGCUUCCAAUCUUAGACCGAUCCAUCCAUCUAGAAUCCAUUUUCUAACUUGUAUGUGUUGGCCAGGGGUCCUUGCUGGUAAAAGGAGAGCGAGGCCUUCCUGGUGAGCCAGGUGGCCCAGGUAGUCCAGGAGAUAGAGGUCCUCCUGGAUCACCUGGAUUUGGACCUCAAGGACCAUCAGGAGAGAAAGGUAUUCCAGGAGUCCCAGGAAGACCUGGAGGUCCUGGUGCACCUGGUAAGAUGACAAUUUUUUUGUUUAACCAUAAUCUGAUCAAAAAUGCAUUCCCCACUUCACUCUGUCUACAAGAAACUGACCUCUUUACUGACCAUUCUGUUCUCAGGUGCUAAAGGUGAACCAGGCCUGUCUGUGGCUGAGAAAGGAUUACCAGGAUCAAGAGGACUGGAUGGCGAGCCAGGAUUGCCCGGUGCACCAGGUACACUGUCAUAACCUGACUGAAUGAAGGCUCUUGUUUUCAUGCUGCACUCUCUUCAGGUAAACAGAGUGAGAACUGUUUCUCUUCUCUAAUUGACCUCAUUUGUGAUUUUUUCUCAUCAGGUACCCCAGGUGGACCUGGUCAGAACGGUUUCCCAGGCUUACCAGGAGCAAAGGGUGAGCCUGGACUCCCAGGCAUUGGACUUCCAGGACCCCCAGGAGCCAAAGGUCAAUAACAUACACUCUGCCUGUAUCUCUGUUUCUCCCGGACCUUUGCGUCCCCCCAUGACCUUUCAUCUUCCAUGACUCUGAACUUUGCUUUUUGGACCUCCAACAGGAUUCCCAGGUAUCCCUGGCCAGCCAGGAGCCCCUGCAGGACCAGGUAGACCAGGUGUUGAUGGACUCCCCGGCCAGCCUGGGCUUCCUGGACCCAAGGUAUGUAGCUUUAUUGAAGAUCAAGUAAUUGGUUAAUACCUGUAUACCUGCUUAUGUACCUGGGAUUCUUGAUUUUGCAGUUCUUUGCUGAACUGACCUUUGCCACUGUCUGUGUUUGACAGGGUGAACCCGGCUUUGGCCUCCCUGGCCCUGCUGGUUUACCAGGAGUACCUGGAACUAAAGGUUUCCCUGGACCAAAGGGAGAUCCUGGUUUCCCUGGUGGCCCCGGUCAACCUGGACGUUCAGGAUUUGAUGGCGGACCGGGGGCUAAAGGUAGUCUUCCGUCACUUAUUUAGUGUGUCUGAAGUGCUGUACAUGAAGAAGAACUGCAUAUCAAGCUGUGUUCCCAUCUGUCUUUUCCUAGGUGAACCUGGUAUACCUGGUAUUCCUGGAGCUCGUGGUCCACCUGGAUCCCCCACCAGUGGUUCAUUGGGUCCACCAGGUCCACCUGGGUCCCCAGGCCCAAUGGGUCCACCAGGUGAGAUACAUUCUCUAAUGUUGUCAUGGGAGUCACCCAGGACUUUGCAUGGAUCUCCAUUCAUAAUUGUUUGAACUUUGAAGAUGGUUGAAUGCCAUUGUGGUACAAGGGUUCCACCUUUGUGUUGUGCACUUUUCAAGAACACUCCAAAAGUUUCUGAGCACCAGACUGAGCACUAAAGGGUGUUUCGGUCUGUGACCAGGCCAUGUGUUCAGGCUAAUACUGUCUGAAUCACGGGUUCUACACUACCUUAAAGUGGGGAGCUUUCCUGCCUUUGCUUUCACUUGUGUGCCGACCUACGAUGUUAAAACCACCCUUUCCUGGCUGCAUCACCAACCUCCACCUUUUCUGUGACAGAGAGCACAAAACCUACCCACCAUCCACCAGUUUAACAUCACGCAAGACUUUUUCUUUGCCAACACACCGACAGCCAACUAACUAAGUACCAGAUCACAAGCAUUUGCCUCUUGUCGCUUUAACCUCACGCUUAUUGUCCCGAGGAUUUCCACCAAACCCACAAACUAACCCAUUUACAACAUUUCAAACACUCUGAGUAUGCACUCAUUUACUGUUAGGACAUGCUCUUUGUGUUUUUUCCCAUUGGAGUUUCAGUGCAUACUCAGAGUGUUUAAAACACGGCUUCAUUGACAUGGUUUAAUGCAUUUAAUGCAUUAUAAUCUGUUCUGCUCAUCUCAUCUCCGGUUUUAUUCAACGCUCCGCCCCCUGCAUUUUGAAACAUGACUCUUCCUUACCCGUGACGCUCUGACACCAAGGCGAGAAAGGUAUUUGACCUAAUAGUGGUGCUGGUUGGGAUGGAUUCUCUUUUGUCUUUAAUUUUGUACUUUGUACACUGCAAACACACCUGAGGGCACCUGAGCAGUAAAUUUGUCAAUUUGUUUUUGUUUUACAUUUCUCACUGUUGUAAGGUCAUCAAAGGAGGAGCAAGACCUAGACUGCCCUCUUACAAACAGAGAUACUGGAUCUUAUGAUAUUCUCAACCUGGAGUGAAACUGUACCUGCUUUAUCAGGAGGCUAAACGUCUGUUAUUAUCACUGCAGGAUUCCCUGGAUCGAACGGUGUGAAAGGAGACCCCGGUACUCCAGGUCUAGACAUCCCAGGUUUGCCAGGAGACAGAGGGAGUCCUGGUUUCCCUGGUUCCCCUGGACCAGUUGGUACUCCAGGACCUCCAGGAGGACCUGGAAGGGAUGGGCUUCCUGGACUGCCAGGUAACGUCAAAACGGACAGCUUGUUUCAAGUGUGACAGCAAGGCGAGCAAUUAGGAAACUACCUGAGUUGUAAAUCUUAUAUAAAUGUGAAUGUUUCUAAAAAAAAUAGAAAGAAAGACAGAAAUGGGUUUUCCUAUUUUGCUCUGCUAGCUAGCUAGCUAGCUUACUAAAUAGUGAGGUGAAUGGUUUGCCAUCUGUAAGUCUAGCUGGCUAACUGUCAUCAUAUUGCUAUUUAAGAUGUAUCAUUCAAACUGAAUUCAUUUUAUUGUUUAUAUUUUGCUAAACACCUGACUGCCUGCAGGUCAGAAAGGUGACAUGGGACCCAUGGGAUCUCCAGGACCUUCUGGAGGACCAGGUGGCCCAGGAGGACCUGGUGGACCUGGGCAAAAGGGUAAUGACACAAUCAGACACACACCUUACAUCUACCACAUCAUGUGACCAUGUGUAGUAUGAUCAAAACCACGUGUCCAUAAAAGUAGAGUUAAAGGAAGAAGAGGUCAUCAUUUUCAUGCUCAAACGUCUCUUUUUAGGUGAACCUGGAUUCUCAGGCAGAGACGGUUCCCCUGGUGGUCCUGGUGCUAAGGGAGAGAGAGGUGAACCUGGUCUUCAGGGACCCCCAGGAACUAGUCUUCCACCAUCAGUCACAAAGGGAGCUAAAGGAGAUUCUGGAUUCCCAGGUAUACCCGAACACCCCACUACUAUCUCAACUGGGGUGGUCUUUCAAGGAGUACAUCACCGUCCUCUCCAGCACUGAAUACACAUAUAUCCUUUGUUUUAUGUGUUUUACAGGUUCACCAGGUCUUCCAGGUCAGAAAGGUAUCCCUGGUCUCUCCGGAGACCCUGGACUGCCAGGAUCAGAUGGACGUCCUGGACUUCCCGGACCACCAGGUAUGGGUUUUACCUAAGCAUACAUAAAUACACACAUAUUUGUUGUCAUAACUACAUUGAGCUGUAUUCAUUGUGUUUUAGGUCCCAAGGGAGACCCCGGCAUCCCAGGAGGCCCAGGUGGUCCUGGAGGUUCUGGUGCUAAAGGUAGCAUGGGCGAAAUGGGAUUCCCAGGUAAGAUUUGAUAAUGAUGCCAAAUGCUCAACUCAAGGACUAAUACCAAACCAGAUUUCCUGGUUUUGACACUGGCUUUACACUUGUCACAGGACCAGCAGGGCAGAAGGGUCUACCAGGUACACCAGGAAGGCCUGGAUCUCCAGGAGGGCCUGGAGGGCCAGGUUAUCCAGGACCCAAAGGUGAACCAGGUUCUGCAGGAGUUGGACCACCUGGACCAGCUGGACUCAAGGUACAACUAUUUUGACAUUGGGGAACUUCAAAGGGGAAAUGCAGGGUCACAAUUAAUCUUUUCGUGGGUGUCAUAGGGUGAACCAGGCCAACCAGGAUUCCCAGGAAGUCCAGGACUGAAAGGAAGUCCAGGAGGACCAGGUGCCCCAGGUUUACCAGGAGGACCAGGUGCCAAAGGAGACCCUGGUCUACCAGGGUUCCAAGGUAAGUCUGAGGUUUUGUUCCAUGAAACCUGUUUGCUUCUUGGAGGGGUUUUCUUCAAACUCCAAAUCUUCUUCCAAUGAGAUAUUUGACUGAUUCUAUUCAGGCAUUGGUGUUUGUACCAGGAAUAAUAAUCAAAAACCUCUGUUAGAGUACUAAACAUCUUACACUAAAAAUUCAACUUAGGUGCUUUAUUUCCAUUUAUUCAGGAGAGUUUCUGUAGACUUAUUAAAAAAAAACUAAUAAAUACAAUUCCUUCCAUCAGGUUCACCUGGUAUCCCCGGUCCAAAGGGUCUUGAUGGUGGACCUGGUGGACCAGGUCUCACAGGAGCACCCGGUAGACCAGGAGAACCCGGACGACCAGGAGGACCAGGGCUGCCUGGAGAGAAGGGUCAGGCAGGUCGAGAUGGGAUCCCAGGACCAGCUGGAGUCAAAGGAGAACCAGGUAUAGAAUCAGUCAACUGCCGUGCUUGACUCUCCGUGGUGAAAAACAAUGUUUGUUUUUUUCUGAUUCACUUCUGGUCUUUGUCCUCUGCAGGGCUUCCUGGUUAUGGAGGUCCUGGUCCAUCCGGCCUUCCGGGAUUGCCAGGUAGGUAACCCCUCUCUGGUAGUGAAACUCUGGUGGUGGUGAUUAUAAUUCCUUCACCAACAAUCUUUGCUUGAUCUCACUUUGUGUUCAGGUGCAAAGGGUGACCCUGGUCUCCCUGGUCCAUCUGGAAGUCCUGGUUUCCCUGGCACUAAAGGAGAGGCUGGUUUCCCCGGUUCUCCUGGUGCUCCUGGCAACUCCGGUCCCCCUGGGUCUCCUGGACUGGCUCUGCAGGGUCCGAAAGGACUUCAAGGACCACCUGGACCACCAGGAAGAGCAGGUAAAGCACUUGAGUUUGAUAUUCAUCACCACAUUUGCUGCCUGGUUUUCUGAAGAACUCUGCCAGACUUACCCCGAAUUUCCACCGCAUCUGGAACAGCUACAAUCCAGAACAGUGGCGAUUUUCGCCGUAUGCCAAUUCCUACUGGAUCCAUUUGUGAGGCAGAUCAAGGCUGAUUACUGACAGCGGGAAUUGCAAGAACCCACGGAUUUAUGUGCAAUUGCGCAAUAACGAGUACCUCUCUGUCUGCGCAGAUGAAUUUAGCAGCAUCCUUUAGGUUCAGAUGGACACGCUUGGUAGCCCAACGGAAGGCGGUAGAACAGAAGGACAGAUCUGAUCGUUUGCUGUGGUACCUUCCCCAUUUUUUGACAGUGGUAAUGCAACCAAUCGACUACCUUGCCAAACUAACCUGAACCGAACCUGACUGCACCAACAAACCUUGCUUAGCUGGUGCUUUAGGCUGCUUAAAGGCUUAGAAAUCUAUAAAGACAGAACCAGAAAACCAGUCAGCAAAUGGCAGAACCACCUCACUAAACCAUGAAUGCUUCCAUCACCAUGUUCAUCGAUUUGCAUGAAAAGAGCCACAUCACUGUUUGAGCACCACCUGUCCAGUCAUUGUCCAGAACACUGAGCACAGAUGAUAAAAGUUUGCCAUGUCGUGCACACUCCUCUGCAACACCUUUUCCACCAGGAAACUUGAGGGAGCUCUUUAUGCACCAGUCACCCAAAAGAGCAGCAUGUUUUUCCACCACUGUGUUGUCUGAUUCAUUAAGCAGUCCUCAUGUCUUCACACACACCUUGGUCCUCUCUCCUGAUCCCAUAAUGGGGAGAAGUUGUAAUGAACCAGUCUCUCCACAGCUCCUGUGAUACUGUUAAUGUGUUUUUUCCUCUUGGGUCAGUGUAUCUGCUGUGUGUCCGGUGUUUGUGGAUAAAGAAAUGUUGGUGUGAAACAGUUGAGCCGGAAACAAACUCAAACCAACUCACAACUGUGUGACAGAGUAGGUGUUCGGUAUGGGAUAAGUGAAACACUUAAUGAGUUAUUGUUAGGGAUGGGAAUUGAUAAGAUUUUAUCGAUAUCGUUGCCAUUAAAGAUUCUGCUUAUCAAUUCAAUUCUUUAAGGAUUCCCUUACCAAUGCCUUUCUUUGAUUUAAAAAAACUCAAAUUUUUUUAGAGUCUUUGGUAACAGAAAAAGAUGUAUGCCAUCUUCGGUGAGAGGCUAAAAAUAAUCAAACGACAAACUAUUUGUACACCAUUACUUGGUCGGUAUUAAGUCAGAUUAGGGUGACCAUGUUCUGGAUCCCCAAAAAGACGACAUGGCUACGCGAGGUGGAGUCGUGCGCAAAAUUUUGAAGGUUUUUCUGGUGGGGUCGAGUGUUUUUUUACGAGCUUCUCACUCAGUUAGUCCAUGCUACACAAACUCAAACCUUCCAUACGAAACUCAUUGUCAUCUUUAGAUCGUCUCUGCCUACUUUUCGUACCAUCUGGCAUGUAUUUUUCCUCAAAGUCUCUGUUCUCGUUCGUGUAGACUGCCUCUCACAAGACCGUUUUCCAAAGCACCCGGAAGAAAGGAAUCGCCAAGGGAACCAUUAAAUUAAAAUGUAAACGAUGUCGAUGGAUCGCACGAUUUGGAACCAGUUCUCAACAAGAACUGGUUCUCGAUUCCCAUCCCUAGUUAUUGUGUUGGUUUGUAUCUGGCUCUGCUGUUUUGUAGUUUGUGUGUUUUGUUCCAUCAAUCAGUCAUCUGCAUGGACACUGAUUGUCCUAACACAAACGUGUGUUUCAUAAGAACAAGCCAAACACAUCGCUGGAGAAAGUGGUCAGCGCAGACAUAAGGGUUUGUCACGGUAUUAAGUGGACGACCAACAUGCAUGAAAAUCAGGACAAAUUUGAUGAGAAUCAAGAGCUUCAAACAUAAAUAGAUCCUGCACAACAGCGGCAGUUCCAAUCAAUGAAUCAAUUGCUAAUUUGUGAAAUUGAAUUCAAUAGUUGGUGAGUAAGAGUCAGUGGUGACCACACUUCAGCACUGUGUCAGGCUCUUGUUGAAGGUUGAGUUAACAAAAAAACAAACUAUGACAUUUUCCCCGCUGUUUCCUGCGGCUUGGCCCCACCCACUUUGGUGUGGCCCCGCCUCCUCACGUGAUGAAACGUGCGUCCGGCUGCUGAAGGUCCCACAGGUCAGAUCAACUGGAGUCCAGACUUCUCCUGCACGCUCUUUACAGAUUCACCCACUCUUCGAUCUGCAGGAACACUGUCUGGAAAUCACUUCACUGUCUCCUUUCUGACUAAUUCUCUCUCUUAACAACUGUCUCCUUUCACUUUUUAUGCACACUCAUGGUACAUAAACCCACCUGUAACAAGUAAGCACUUUUUGUUAAAAUCAAUUAAAAACAAAUAACGCACCUGUGAUUUUACCUCGCUCGUUUGCAGGCACAGUUAGCAUGUCAAAAAUAAAUCUAGAAACCAAACCGGUCAUGUGUGUAGAAUUGUACAGUUUGGGCACAAAAACACACAAUGUAACUAACACACCCGAUAAAAUCCGUGUUUCAGUUAGAGUCACAUUAAUCCAGUUUUGUCUAAUUUUAAUGACAUUUUUGGUUGGUACAUAAAUUUUUUCAAGGCUUUUACCACUUAUUUUAUUGACCUUCAGGGGGUGGGGCUCUGUUUACAUUUAGAAAACCUUGUUUGUAGCACAUUAGCUCUUUACCUGUAAAUUAAUAUUUUCAUCUAUGAGAUACAGUACAGACUUAAAACAGUGUGCUGUGGUGCUUCUUUCUCCAAAGGUUAACACUUCCUGUUCGUUUGUUUUAUACUGAUUAAACUGAUGCUCGCUUCUGUCUAAACUCCUCUUCUCCUUUUUUGCCCUGUGCCAUCAACCGGGCUCAACUUUACUCUGGAAUUCUGGGAAUCCUAGGUCCUCCAGGUUAGACUUGAAUGGUUUGAUGGUUUUUGAUACAGGAAACGGGAUUUGUUGGAAUACAAUCAAAAAAUGUUUGAAUUUUUGUUUUUAACCUUUACUUUGCAGGCCGGACCGGACAACUCAGGACUUUUCCUAAUUCACCAAACACACAGAAAGAGAAAACAUUUACAUGACUGAUGCUCUGAACACACACACAUCUACUCCCACUGUCUUUUUGUUGAAAGUUUUUAGGUUUAGGUGAAGAUUUUUACUCAGAAACUUGAGUGCAGAUGACUUGAAAGACCAAGAAUUACUCAAUAUGCCGAUGACUAUCUGCUUUACUUAGUCAACUUGUUUAACGGUGGCUGUAACUACAAAAGGUUUCAGUCUGUUAAGUUGAAAUGUUCAAGAAAUGAAAAAAGGGUUUGUGUCUUUUAAAAUGAAAUACUACAAAACUUCAAAACUAUCAACCACUAGAGGGCACCAGAAGUUUGUGUCAAACUUUACACACUCAAAAAUCCACCUCGCUGGAUAAAAGUUAACCAAACCUCAUUGAGAAAAGUUCUGAUUUAGUUUUUUUCCUUUGAAUUUCUGUAACUGACCUUUAACCUCUGUUAUCCAAAGGUGGACCUGGCCCACAGGGUCCCCGCGGGCCCCCAGGAACUGGAGGCAUUAGAGGAGAUAAGGGUAUUGCUGGCGCUCCAGGACAACCUGGAUUCCCUGGACAGAAAGGAGAGCCUGGUGUUUCUGGUUUCCCGGUGAGAUGCUUUCUAUAAACUUCCAAACUUCCCACCACUAGAUGGCACCAGUAGUUGAUACACCGCCCUGUCCUGAAAUGAUGCAUUUGUUUUGUGGGACUGGAAGGAUCCACAGAUUGAUAAAUCCCACUGUUUCUUCUCUUCUUUUCAGGGUUCUUCUGGUCUUCCCGGUGGUCCUGGUGUGAAGGGAGACGUCGGUCUUCCUGGCGUUCCUGGAUUCCCUGGUUAGUCCAAAUGUCUAAGCCGCUUUUUCUGUCUCUCUCUCUGCUGUUCAAAAAUGCUACCACACUUUCUAAAGUCGGCGAAAUCAAAGUCUUGAGGUUUGAUUCAUUGUCAUUCCCCCCAGGACCAAAGGGAGACCCUGGACUCCCUGGUGGCAAUGGGCUUCCUGGAGAUCCUGGAGACAUUGGAGCCCCAGGUGGGUGGACAUGUUUACCUCUGCAGAGCUUUAAUCAAAAUAUGACUCUUACACUUUAAACACUGCUCACUGUUAUCUUGUUGAACAUGUUACCUUCAGGUCUCCCUGGUGACCCCGGUGUAGCUCCAGGUCCCAUCGUGGUGAAAGGAGAAAGGGGACCCCCUGGUCCUCAGGGUCUGAAUGGUGUUCGGGGACCACCUGGUUCUCCUGGGCGUGAGGGACUUCCAGGUUGGUAAACAUGGACUGAUGGAGGUCAUAGGGAACAUGUAGGUUUUUGGGUUUUUGGGCCAAGAAGGUCAGAUUUUUGUAGGAAGUACAGUAACUGUUGAAAGUCACGACCAGAACCAAAGAUGUUGGUGUCAUCAGCAAAGAAAAUGAUAUGAAUAAUGAACUCUAAAGGACCAAGAACUGACCCAUGGGGGACACCGUAAAUGACAACCAAACAUGCUGAUUUAUCUCACACAGAGCGCUCAUCUUUCUCUCCUAUCCAGGCCCAGCCGGUAACCCUGGAGAUCCAGGUUUAGAGGGUCCUCCUGGCUUCAGCGGCCCGCCCGGCAGGAAGGGAGACACGGGACCUGCUGGUCAGCCUGGUGAGUGAAAACAGAACCAGAACCAUAUCACUCAGUUAAAGUUAAACGUCUUUGAUCAAACACUUAUUUUUGUGGCUGGAUUGUAAACCUUGUGGCAGGUGUAGAAAUGCAUGGAAACCCUCGAUAGAUCACCAAAAGGUUUAAGCUUUUGAACACCUUUUACCCCAUAGAGAUACACAGUAUGGUUCCUGAGAAACUAAACAAUAUCAAGGGUGUCACAUGGGAGUUCUAAGCAAUAACGGAAACAGUAAAUGUCAAUGAUUUUCACGUUUCUAAUCAACUCCUCUCCCCUGAUCUCAGGUACGCGUGGUUUCUCCGGUCCUCCUGGCUCAGACGGUCCUCAGGGUCCUCCUGGUCUUCCAGGAUCUGUUUCCGCUGCUCACGGCUUCCUCAUCACCCGACACAGUCAGGGUCAGGACGUUCCUUUCUGUCCUGAAGGAACUAGUCUCAUCUACGACGGUUACUCUCUGCUGUACGUGCAGGGCAAUGAGCGAGCGCACGGACAGGACCUGGGUAUAAAAAAACUUCUGUUUUCACUGAAACUUGAACUUCACCAGGAAGUUCCUCUCUUCAUACACUGACCCUGGUCCUCUUGUACUUUAGGCACAGCCGGCAGCUGCCUGCGCAGGUUCAGCACCAUGCCCUUCAUGUUCUGCAACAUCAACAACGUGUGCAACUUCGCCUCACGUAACGACUACUCCUACUGGCUGUCCACACCUGAGCCCAUGCCCAUGAGCAUGGCCCCCAUCACCGGGGAGAGCAUCAAGCCCUUCAUCAGCAGGUAGGAAGAGGAGGAGGGGUGAGAAAGAAGGAAUAAGGAGACCGGAGAAAAGGAGGUGAAGGUGUUUAAUUAUAUAUGUGUGUGUGUGUGUCAGGUGUGCGGUGUGUGAAGCUCCGGCCAUGGUGAUCGCAGUCCACAGUCAGACCAUCCAGAUUCCCGCCUGCCCGGCGAACUGGGAGUCCCUGUGGAUCGGAUACUCCUUCAUGAUGGUAGGACAUGAAAAUCUCACACGAACAUUAAUUCAGAAGUUUGACAUAUGUUCCGUCUGUUUACAUGGAGGAGGCAGCAGCACCAUUGUCGUUUCAACUCUUUGGAUCACUUAACCGUUGUCUCUUUUCCUCUCUCAGCACACCAGUGCCGGCGCAGAGGGCUCCGGUCAGGCUCUGGCCUCUCCCGGUUCCUGUCUGGAGGAGUUCCGCAGCGCUCCCUUCAUAGAGUGUCACGGUAGAGGGACGUGCAACUACUACGGCAACUCCUACAGCUUCUGGCUGGCCACCGUAGAGCCAUCUGAGAUGUUCAGGUACGGAAACACUCUGUGUGAUUGUGAAACUGAAAUGUAGGGUCGGGCGAUAUGUCACAGAAAUAUAUCACAAUUUUUUUUAAAUAACAGAAUCAAGAUCUAGAUUUUAACACCUUACUUUCUACAUUAUUUUUAUUUUACUGUGUCAGACAUGACCUAAUAGCUUUUAAAGUUUUGUACAGUUGUUCGGUACUGUUCACAUAGAGGCCAAUUUGACGUAUUUAAAUGUUGUUUGGAGUUUUCAGAUGGUCAGGAAAUCGACUAAAGUUAAUAUUGUUGCCUUUUCAGGACCAAAAAUUGCAAAAAAAACAACUUUUAUUACCUAAAACUGCGAAAUAAAUUAACUUCUCUCAGCUAAGUUAGCUUUUUCGCAUUUUCCGUAACAAAUAUUUACCCAACCUUAAAAGGAUAUUCUGACAUUAAAUUAAUUAAGGGUCAAACACACCCCAUCAAGAGAUGAAUGUUGCUGACAACUCACCUACUCUCUUCCAGCAGCCGCUUGUUUGUAGCGAGACCUCAGGCCAGUCCAUUACGGACUACAGCGGAGUUUCGCAGCUCAAGGAAGAACAUUUGCGAUCAUUACUUUAUCAUUUCCAGUCGUAAUCAUCAUAUUAAUCAUUUUGCACUGCAGACGCGGUAGUUCUUCUGCCUUAGCGUCUCGGUCUGAUUGUAUUUCCAUUAAGAAAUGAUCAUAAAUGUUCUUCCUUGAGCUGUGAAACCCCACUGUAGUCCGUAAUGUUGAUGUUGAUGAAGUUAGGUGCUGUUCUGAGUAUUAUUUGUGGUUAUAGAGUGGUGUUUCAGUUGAGGUUUGUUUAUGGCUCCUCAGACUGCUGUGUAUUGCUAUCGUGCGGUCGUUACUAAAGUUGGUAUAACUAGAGAAGCAAACGGUCGGCAACAUUCAUCUCUUGAGGGGGAGUCUAACUUUGUGUUAUGGUGUGUUUGACCCUAAAUUAAUUUUACGCCGGAAUAUCCCUUUAACCCUUAACCUAGAUUUGACUGUAAGACAGCAAGAUGAGAUUUAUUGUUAAAGAAUUUAAGUAACACGUAUACAGGAUAAAAGAAAAAAGUACUCCUUUGGCCACAGGGGGCACCAAACUCGGCACAAACUGAAAGUCCCUUAUAGGAGCUUUAAAUCUCCUUUCUUUAACUAUAACUUCAACAAAAACACAAGCUGAAAAAUUACAAUUAUUAGAUUUUAUUUUUUUUAGCACAUCUAUGAAAAUACUCUGCCUAUCUUAACCUCCUUUACCCUUCACUCAUGCAGGAAGCCACAGUCGGAGACCCUCAAAGCAGGUAACCUACGAACACGCGUCAGCCGCUGCGUAGUCUGCAUGAAGAGGACGUAACGCCCAACUGGGGAACCUGCUGUCACAUGGGACGCCCGGUGGAGAACAAGAGA